GGAGCUCGGGGUAUGUGUGUAGAACGUCGACUGCCCCCACUUUUUGCGUGUGUGACUUUUAAAUACGGUGGGCGGGGCGUGAUAUGCAGAUGAGAGCGGGCGCGAGCCGGGCGGGUAGGAGGACGCCGGCAAACAGCCGCCUGAGGUGGAUUCAGUCAGAGAAGAGUCGCCGCCGCCAACCGACCUGACGGACUCUUAAGCUGGAAGCGAAAGGCUGAGGGAGGGUCUUGCUGCCACGGCGCUCCUGGAUCCCCUCACAUCCUGACCCGAGAGGGAGAGAGCCUCACCGCCCUUCACACGAGACGAGCCCGGCCCCGCGGGGAAUAUGGCGAGUGUCAGAAAUGGAACCGAAGGGACGAGCGCAGGAGGAGGAGGAGGCGAAGAGGUAACGCCGUGGGCGCGGAGGGAGGGGGAGAGGGGGGCGAGAGUUCCGUGUCACACACGCGUGAACGUGUGAACGCUGUUACGCCAGUGCCGAACGCGUGAAUCCCUUCCGUAGGUGAUGGAUGGGCAAGGCGCGUCGGGUUGUUCGUCGAGUUUCCGAUAUGGGUCGAAAGGUCGGUGCGGGGGAAAGGAUGGAGAUGGAGGUGGGGGAGAGAGAAGGUUUUCUCCUCCUCUCACUUUCUCGCCUCCUGGCGACCAACAGGUGCUGCUGUGUUGGAUUUACGUAAAAGCUAAACAAGCUAGAGCCUCGGGCCCCACUCUCUUGGAGACCCAAAAAUAAAGAAAUAAAGAAAUAAAAAACAAACCUGGAUGUACAUUUCCAAAAUAUAAGAUAAAAAACAAAUAAAAUAAAACCUACAUACAGCAACAGUGUUUUGUGUUGUAGGUUCAUAUUUGUUAUGUGAAAAUGGCUUUAGAUACCUAUGAGGUCCAUAAAUUACCAUAUAGCAUAUGUUCAACAUUAAAAAAAACAGCGACAAUUUGUUGUUGACAAAGGACAGCUGGGCAUAUAAAGGGCCCCAUUACCUUCAGUUGCUUAGGGCCUCAUCACACUGAAAUCCAGCCCCGAUGUGAUCCCAUAAAUAUCAAAUGGUAAGUUCAAUAAUGGUAAAUUCAAAUCCCACCCAAAAGGAUGGGGGGGGGGGGAUAAAAAGACAAAACAGAACUCUUGCAUCUUUUUUUUUUAUGUGAUGGUCAGCAGCGAUGCUGUGUUGCAAAAUUACAUAGAAUCAUUCAGAAGUGAGCUUUCAUUAUCCCUCGAGGUGCUUUCGUUAUUUAUUAGGUGUACAACACCCUUCAUGUCAUUAUCAUAAUUCGUCUAGGGGUGUAGCCAGGAUUUACGUUGGGUGUGUGUGUGUGUGUGUGUCACGGGCAGGACACCCACCUGUCAUCACCCUCUGUCUGGCUCUGUCUUAGCAGAUUCAAAAUGAAACGUCUCGGCCACAGUUGUUUUAUUUUCUUUUGAGCCCAAGUGCUCAGGGGAAAAAAAACCCCUGUCAAGAUCUUCCUACCGUUUCUACAUUUAGUUAAGUAUUUUUAUUUAUUCAUUUGAUUUAGCCCAGGGCAGCUGUCCCCUGAAUUCAUCUGUUCAGGAAUUGCUUUGAAGCGCAGAAAAGAAUUCCAGAGCUGCAUCUUGCAAAUAAGUGAUAGCAGUAGUUCAUGAUACAAAGCUUGCAGACAUCAUGCCCAAGUUUCUUCGUCUCUUUUUAUUAUAUUUACCAUUACACAUAUAUCCCAUCUUACUUCCAAUGGGUUAAGGGUAGCAUGCAUGUUUUCUCCCUCCUGAAUUUUAUCUUCCCAACAAAUCAGUGACUGAGAGACUGUGACUGGCUCAAUGAGGAUUUGAACCCAGGUCCUGGUUCAACACUUUAACCACAAUGACUCCCACAGUCUCUUCUAACCUGAUAUGUUUGUGGCUGUCAGAAUGCCCCUUAUCUGGGAAGACCCCAAAGGUAGAUCAGAGAGAAUAUCUCUAGCAGCCUCAUGUUAAGUUGUCACUAUAUAUGAUUCCUGAGGCUAUUUUAAGCUGAAGUCAUGGUGUUGCUUUUAUGUUUUCGAAAGUAGUCUAGAGUGGCCCUUUUCCAUUGUACAUUUUAUUUCCUUAUGGGAAACAUGACGGCAAUAUUUUAGGUCAUUUAGGAAGUCAGUGCUCGUACCAUUGAAAUUCUACACCCUGUAAUAAUAAACCACCUACAUAUGACCCCUGUCACCCAGAUACUGUGCUGUAAAGAGCAGGAGGAAAUAGAAUGCCUCAUGCUAGAGGUGCUUGCAUAAUUCAAAAGAGAGUUUAGUAAAACAAUCCAGAUGAGCAAGUGGAUAAAUGAUGCAAUAUGAAAAAUAUGGAACCAGAUAUAGUAGGCAUCUAUCCUGAAUAGGAGCAAUGAGAGAUGAAUUUUAGUUUACUUUUAUAUUAUAGCUGGAUUUCUGUGUGUUUUGUCUGAGCUUUUUAUUAGUUUUAACCUGGAAAAAUGUAAUUAAUGGCACUAUGUACAACCUGAAGUUGGUACUGGGGGUUUGAUGAAGGAGAUGGUUCUUAUCAUGGAUCAUGCAUAGCAGCAACACUUGUGCAUGAGAUCCUGGCCUGCUUGUAAACUGUGCCCUGCCCAACAUAGGUACAACAUUGGUAUAUAUCUAGAUUUUUGUCAAGACUGUAUCAGGGGAAGAAAGGUGACUCAGCAGUCAUGCCUAAGCAGCCUUUGUGGUGGUGCUGCAGGCUUCCUUUUCACUUGGCGAAUUGCUUAAUAUGCCAAUUCUACUAUAUCCUAGCCAUUUUAUUGAAUGAGGAUGGCUAUUAUAACUGUUCUGACUGCUUUUUAAGGGCUAUCUCAUCACAUAAAUUUCUUUGCUUCAAUGAAUCUUUUAAAUAUUGCGGCAUAUAAUAACACUAAGUAAAAAGUAAAGGUAAAGGACCCCUGGAUGGUUAAGUCCAGUGUGACUGUGGGGUGUGGCACUCAUUUUGAUUCAGGCCGAGGGAGCCAGAGUUUGUCUGAAAACAGCUUUCCGGGUCAUGUGGCCAGCAUGACUAAACCACUUCUGGCGCAAUGGGACACGGUGAUGAAUGCCAAAGUGCAUAGAAACGUUGUUCAUCUUUCCACCACCCCAGUGCCUAUUUAUCUACUCGUACUGGUGUACUUUCAAACUUGUAAGUUGGUAGAAGCUGGGACAGAGCAAUGGGAGCUCACCCCAUCAUGUGGAUUCGAACCACCAACCUUCCAGUCAGCAAGCCCAAGAGGCUCAGUAGUUUAGACCACAGCACCACCUGUGUCCCUUUAAUAAUACUAGUAGAUCAUUUAGGAAUAUGAAGAGAAGAGUAACAACGGGAGUAUUGGUUAUUUUAAAAACAGUAUUUUAUGGAUACUGUCCAGAAAGCUUCAAUAAAUUGUCUUUUCCUUCUAAAUCUGUGCAACACAUAUUUUUCACUUUGUGAAGUUAACCAUACUGUGGUGUUUUGUUUUGUUUUAACUUUCCCCCUAAUUUACCAUUUUCUCUGGGAUUCUAUUCUAUGUCAAGCUUCCCCUUCAGGUCUCUUGUAAGUUUGUCAAGCUAUCCAGGGAGUGAAAGUUCAGCAACUUGCCUUUCUGCAUAUCUUCUUAGUCAGAAUCCAUUCAUAUGCUAGUUUUUGGUAGGCAGUUUUAUGAUGCUCUGCUGGAGUAGACAGUGGUCUAAAUGUAGCUCUUUAAUGUUAAUUUCUCAAAGCUUGUUUGUAGCUCACCCUAGAUCUCAGGCCUUUUGCAUCUUCCUAUAGGACAGACACCCACACUUAGAAACUGGUGGACUGCCUUCACCUGGGCUGGGCUGAAUCAAUAUAAAACAGGAUCAUGGUGGAGUAGACCGCCGUUUAAAGCACUGCACAGGCAGGAAAGCUGUACCCUCACCACAAUAUGAGUUUUCUUGUUGAAAACACUUCUUCCAAGUUGUCUUUUUUGCAGAUGGGAUUCCCAGACUGGAAGUAUCCGCCACUGAGGGGAAGAACAGUUGUCUCUGCUUCCCUCCCUAAACCUGCCGCAAGUUGAAAGUUUCACUCCACAUCCCAACUGCCUAUGGAAUACUUAAAAUGUACCCAACCACCAGUCUUAUACAAAUUAAGACCUGGUUCCUAGACCACAUUUGGAUUACCGUGUUUUUCCGUGUAUAACACCCCCCUCUAUAUAAGACACCCCUUGUUUUUGGCGACUCAAAAUUAAGAAAAUGGGGGGGGGGGGAGAUUGCCCCAGUGUAUAAGACUACCCCCCUUUUAAAAUUAUUUUUAGUAAAAAACAACAACCCUAGUCUUAUACACAGAAAAGUAUGGAAUAUCUUAUCUCAGUUGAAUAAAAUGAGAUAGGCUUGUGACUGUCUUUUGCCAUUGUGAUGCUCCUUUCUUUCUUGCAGUAAGCCAGGAAGUGUUCAGUUAGUCAUACUUCAGUGGUUCCAAACCUGUUAACUACUCCUAUCGAGUUAAAAACAAGGCAGGAUUCCCAAAUUGUUCCGAAGCUGGUAACUGUUGUUUUUUGGUUCAGAUAUAAUGAGAAACUAUGGUUAAUUGAAGAGUUCCAAGUAUAAUUGCAGGUUUCUGGGAGGAGUCUGCAUAUGUAGGCAUGCAUGACGCUGAUUCAUGGCCAUGCACACAAUUGUGAUUCCAUAAUGUCUUAUUUGCCUCUUGGCUUUAAUGGUGAAGCAGGUAGAAAGUAGGCUGCAGUUCCUUCUUUUUUCUAAGAACGCUUUUGACUGGAGAAAUUGAAAGAUGUAAGGAUUGGUUAUUGAAAUAUAUUAUUUUGUGUGUGUGAGAAAGAGAGAGAACUUGAGUCUUUGAAGUCCUCCCCCCCAUUUAAGAGUUAAUUAAUGUGAGAAUUGACAAAAGUAUCACUAAAAUGAAGUAUACAGGAUGUAGUUGCCUAAAUUAAACUUAUUUUGACUUCUGGACCUUUUGGAUAAAAUGGUGCCAUGAACAUUUCUAGGUCCUGAAUGUUAACCUAACCCUGAAGCUAACUUACACAAUUUUUAUUCACUUCUGUUUCUCACAGAGAUUACAUAUAUCAACUUGCACAACACAUUGAACAGUGCAGGCAACACUGGAUCCUUUGGUAAUUAUUACAAGGCUUAUGCAAGAGUAGUGUGUGAACCUAGCAGGAAGAAAAGGCAGCCAUGGGGAGACACUUUGAGCAGAGAAAAAUGUCAUGGCUAGGGAGAGUGUUAACCACCACCCCUCUUUCCCCUCCUUGUCUGUUCCUCUUAUCAUUAUUUUUAAUCUAGGCUCUGCUACAUGCAUUUUCAUAUAAAAUGUAGUUAAAAAUACGUUUUGCUUUUUAGGAAAUGCAUGUAAUAAAGCCUUGGCUAUUUAAAAAUAAAAAGUAGCAAGGGGCUAUCAAAGAGAACAAUAAAUGUCUACCUUGCAUUACUACAAUAUAUAAUACAGUGUUGAUUAUGUCUGUUGAGCAUAAUACUAAGGAGUACAUGUUUGUGACAUGCAAUUGGUGUCCAGGGGACAACAUAAAGAUUCCUCCAUCUUUAAGAAAACUGAAGCCUCUUGAUGGAAGCAUUACAUAUCUUCAAGUCAAAUUAGAAAGCAAAUUAAAAUAGCCUUUUAACCUUGUGCAAUGCAUCUAUUUGUCCAAUACCAAGUUGACUUGCCUGCUAUGAACUAUUUCCUACAAAUUAAAUAUCAUGGAAGACACAAUCAAUAGUGCCAAGGUCAUUUGAGGAAACUGCCCCUUUGAAGUUUUAAAAGACACCUUGUGUAAUCUGUCUUUAAACUUUGUUUUCCCCUGUUACAAUUAACUAGCUGCUGCCACCAAGCAGGGGAAAUGCUCAUGUCCAUGAAUCCUGGACUCAUGUCUUAUUAUCACAGACACUAUGUGAACAUAAAUAUGUCAAUCUUCUCCUAUUUGCUCACAAUACAUUUCCAAGGCAGUUCCCGGUGCUUGGACAAGUUGAAGUUGAAUUUAAGCUAGAUGGUCAUAAAAUUGUCUGGAUUAAAGAGAAGGCUCAAGAGAUGGAAGGCAGACAUAGCAUCUCUUUGCAUAAUGACUUGGAUCUGAUGCUCUACAUGUGAAUAAGAACUCCAGAGGAAAAAAUGUAUGAGAGAACAGCUCUAAAGAUGUCUCUCCGUUGGAGUAAAGGUUGAAGUACACAAGAUCCUUUCAAAAUGAAGUAACUGGAGAACAAAAGCGGAUGGAACUGGAAAAGUAAAAAGGCACAUUUUCAUAAGGCUCUUGGAAAUGGUGUCAAAGGUAAAAUGAUGACAAGGCUGAGGAGAGUAUCCUGAGCUUUAGAAAGGAAGAGGAGUCAUUUAUGCACAGUAUAAUUUGUGCAUAAAUGCACAAAUUUGUCUUUCUCUCCUAAAGUGAAUUUUUAAUGAAAGACAAGUAGACUGAUCUAAUGUUAGCAUGAACACUUUCUACCUUUCUGCUUACCAUUAACCAGUUUGCACACAACGCUAAGCCAAACCAUGGCUUAGCUCAGAGUCGCAUUGCAGCAGGAAGACUGGGGGAGGACUGAAGAGGUUGUGUUUUUUGCUGGGAGUACCCACACACGCAUUCAUGCUUUGCUGUAGCUUGGUUUAGAGUUCCUUGGUUGAUUUUAAUGCCUGAAAUUGGGAAACAAGAUGUGCUUGGGCUGCAUAAAUUACUUUGAAGUGGAAGUAAUUCUACUUGCAGAAUAAAGUUCAAGACCAGUUUUGCUACCACACUCCAGUUAAAAUAUGAUGGUUUAAUGGCAAGCAUAGGACUCCUUCCCUCCUUUCUAAAAUAUAUAGUAAAUCUGCCAAAAGAACCAUCUUUUAUGCUGCUCUUAUUUUAUAUUCUUAAUGUUGUUUUAUUUUGCUAAUUUUGGUAAACCGCCCAGAUAAAAUAUGCCGGGUAACUGUAGAUCAUAAACACAUAAACAAAGAAAGGUUUUCAUUCAUAUGUCUUAAACUGCCAAAGGGUUGGUUUUAUUCAGAUUUCAUAACUCGUGGAGUCUAUAAUUAGAUUAAUCCUGAAAUUAUGCAUCUGUAUAAAAGUGCUCUAGCAAACAUCCCUAUGCACUGAAGUGAGAAAUGGUCUCAAGACAGCUGGUCAUACCCCUUUGGCACUGAUGUACCAUUCAACCAUCAGCUGGCAACUCCAUCUUCAGCCUCAAAGAAAACAGGCCCUGUGCAUGAAGGGCUCCACCAUGCAAAAGAAAAUCCUGGAUUCCCCUUCUACACCUGUAGGGCCCAUUCUCCAUGUGGCUGAAUAUAUCUGUGCAACUGAAUAUACAGCCAUCCGGGUGUGUCUCUUUUAUAGGAAAUGUACACUUUUUGUGCAUUCUGCAACUUCCAUUUCAAAGUGAUAACUCAAAUAGCAAGGAACACCAGUUUUGGAAAACUAUAUAAUUUUAUCCUGCUCUCCCUUAAAGUAGCUGAAGGUGAUUACGUAGUAUUAUCCCAAUAAGCUUUAUUGGUGAGGGAGAAUUUAACCUGGUCAUCCCUGCUUUAUGUCCCUUAUUCUAACACUUCUCUUAAUGUAAUAGUUAUUUCUUUUCUAGAAGGAAGUACAAAAAAAUAUUUUGAUGCUCCAAGAAUGUAUUUUGAAAAUGUCAGCCAGCACAUUGCAGUUUAUUAUGCCAAUGUGUACUAUGCCAGUGUUGUAAGGGAGGUUUCAUGUGGCAAUAAUUGGCCACUAGGGGAUUCUCUUGUGGUGUAACUGAGCAGCUUGAUAUAAAAUAAUUGGAAGCCACAGAGAACUUGUGUAGUUCAGCCUUGGUUAAAAUGUACUGCCUGCUGGCCUCUGUUGAAGGCUAUUAAAGGAUAUUUUUGGUCCCAGUUUUUGUUUUUAACUAAAGAAUGUUCUACAUGGUGUCAUUUAAACACAAUAUAUGUCAUUUAAGGCUCUCUGAGUAACAAUCUCUGAAAAGUCAGAACUGCGUGAAGCUUCAUAUUUUGCAAAGGUUUAGUAAAAACUAAAAAGUAACUGUCAUAGAAUCGCAGAAUUGUAGAGUAACCCUCAUAGAAACAUAGUAUUGUGGAGUUCAAAGGGACCCCAAGGGUCAUCUAGUCUAAACCCCUGCAAUGCAGGAAUCUCAACUAAAGCAUCCAUGACAGAUGACCAUCCAACCUCUGCUUAUAAACCUUGUACUUUGUAUUUUGGGUCUAUGGGCCUCAAUAAAGCGUGUGUGUGUGUGUGUGUGUGUGUGUGUCUUAAAAACCUCCAGUGAAGUGGAGUCCAGUCCACCACCUCCUGAGGGAGACCAUUCCACUGUCAAACAGCUCUUACUGUCAGAAAGUUCUUCCUGAUGUUUAGUCAGAAUCUCCUUUCUUGUAACUUGAAUCCUUUAGUUUGAGUCUUAGCUUCCAAAGCGGGAAAAAAUAAGCUUGCUCCAUACUCCGUUUGACAGCCCUUUAGAUGGCUAUCAUAUUUCCUUUCAGUCUCCUCUUUUCUAGGCUAAACAUGCCCAACUCCCUCAACCAUUCCUCAUAAGACUUGGCUUCCAGACCCUUGAUCUUUUUGGUUGCCUUCCUCUGCACACAUUCCAGCUUGUCAAUAUCCUUCUUAAACUGUGGCGCCCAGAACUGGACACAGUACUCCAGGUGUGAUCAGACCAAGGCAGAACAGAGUGCUACUAUUACUUCCCUUGAUUGGGACAUUAGACUUCUAUUGAUGCAGCGUAGAAUAGCAUUAGCUUUUUUUUGGUGCUGCAUCACCCUGUUGACAUGAUUAGACUGGUCUUGAGAAGAAGGAUUCUAGGCCAACGCUGCAAAUUCUAUGUUAUACCUUGUUUCAAUUAAAAUGACGUUUGUACUGCCUUUUUUGUACUAACCUUAUUUUAAGAACCUGUUAAAGUUGCCCUUAUUUCUACUGCUUUUUGACUUCACACGAAAGUGCAUUAAUGUACAAAAUGUGGAAUAUAGGAUUUUCCAUUACAGAAACAGUGUUCUUCUUACGUUAACGAGUACAGAAUAUUUGAUUCCAAAACUGCUUCAGCACACUGGGCUUUUUAUUUAUUGAGAUGAAGCCCAACUUAUUCCUGUAUUCAUUUAUUUAUUAUACAAUAUGUAAACCUAAAAGAGGUAAGAAAUGUACAGUAUAUAAAACAAGUAAUGAAAUUGUUCUGACACUGCUUUGGGACUGGAGUUAUACGGUGCCUAAACGAGAAGCGUGGCAAGAUUCUCACAGCUGCAUUUUGCACUAGCUGUAGCGUCUGAACUGUGUUCAACAGCAGACCCAUAUAGAACACAUUGCAAUAGCUCAAACACAAAGUUAUUAGAGCAUAAACACAGUGACCAAGUUAUCCCUGUCCAGCAAAGGCCAUAGCUGGUGAACUAGGUGAAGCUGGAAAUCACGUGCAUCUAGUAAAAUAAAAAGCUAGAUCAAAACAUUACAGAGCAGGUUGAAUAUUUAAAAAUCAUUUUUUGGGAGGGGGGGAACCCAUGAACCUCACUCUGUUAUUUUUUAUCCAUCUGUUACUCCAAAAGGGGGGCUGCCGAGAAAUUGUGAGGUAGCUACAUUGCAUGGCAAGUCCUGACCCCCCCCCACUUGGCUGAAUAAAGACACAUGACUCAAAUAUUUAAGGUUAAUGGGCUAAAAAAGGCCACAACUUUAUUGGUUACGGAUGAUGAGCGGUAUUGGCUUAGGCAUUGGAUCUAACCAACCAUAUCUGACUCCAGCCUGUCUGCAGGGAGUCCGGGAAGGGUUAACCACCAGUAGGGGGAGUCCUGCUGAUGCACAUCAACUAGGAGCUCCCCUGGGGAUCACCGAUAGGGGUCGUGCCUUAGGCCCUAACCUCCCCAGGCUUCGGACAGGGCCACGCCCCCCGGAAUCCUUUAACGGAAUACCCUUCAAUAAGUGGGGCAGGUGAUGGCGCUACCUCCUCUCUUCUCUUCUUCAGAAAUAUUCCAAUGCCUAACCACCAAACCUUAAAAAGUUGUGACAAUUUGCUACGAGGAAGGCGAAAACCAAGUGGCUGGUGCCAAUUUGCCAAGUGGAAAAAUUCCUACCAGGCCCCUCAACGGCGACCAACUGAAGUCCAUAGCAAGGUCAAAAGAGAUGAAAACCUUAAGGGUGGGAGGGUGGGAAAACCGAAGCAGCUGGAAGCCAGAAAGAGAGAGAUCUCCUGGCUGCGUCCUGCCUUUAUUGGGCAGGCCACACCCCCAGACCAACCAGAUUGGUUGGCCUGGCCAGUGACGCAGCCGGGAAUCCCCCAGUCGCACAGGGCUGGCCACCCACCCCCUGUGCACGCACGUGGAGGGGUUGUGAGAGCCCGCAACACCACCACCUCCUUAAGGUGUAAGUGGCCUUGCAGUUAAGCACAAAGGCUCAUAUGAACAAGUUUCUAGAGCAGCAUGGCCUAUGGAGAUCCAAGGGACGACAGGAAGGAAAGAUGCUGAUAAGCCAACAUGAGGGUUUUGGUUUGUUUUGUUUUUGCAACAUGCAAUACAGUGUAGUGGAAAGAGAGGAGCAGAAAACAAGCUAUGCAGUAUUUCAUGGUCUCCAAAAAGUCGUUCAUUCUCUCCUCUAUGCAAACAAGCACCCAGAGGAUAUUUUUGCAUAUCGCCAUGAAAGUUGUCUGCUACCCAGCUCAGAAAGGAUCAGAUGGAAUAGUUCUCAUGCAAACCAAACACAGUGGCAAGAAAGCCCCUUAGUAAUAUUUAACUUCUGUAAUGUCAAUGAAUAAUCAUAUCCUUGACUAAACAUUGCAUGUUUGGAAUAGAAAAAAAGCUUUUUGCAUAACCAACCUGCAGUGUCUACACUGAAAAUACCCCAAAAUCUGUAGUACUCCCUGUGGCUUGGUUCCAGAUUUCAUAUAUUUCAAGACAGGAAAGCUUCCCUGCUACCAUCUAUAUUUUCUUUUUUAUAUAUAACAGGCUGGCUGCGGCUGAUAGGAAUUGCCCAAAUUAUCUGGAGGGUAACAGAUUGGGAAAGGCUGCCCUACUACAGUACAGAACUGACCAAAGUUGUCCAUUAAAUAGAGCCAACUCCCCAUUUACGGGGGGGUUGCAUUCCGAGGCACCGCACACAAAGGUGGGAUGCGUGUAAGCACCCGCCUGCUUCUGGGGCCAAAAAUGGUGCAUGUGUCAGUGGCCACAUGUGGCUUGAACACGUGCAGAUGGUAGGUUGCAUGUAUUCCACAUCAAUCAUCAGUCUGGCCAUUUGAUGUACUUGGAUUGAGGUGGUCUGACUUUGGUUCCUCUCUAACGUUCCUGCUCCUCUCUGCUCAUUCUCUGCACAAAGACUGGGGAGCACACAUGAGCCUGUUUUUUUGCCCAGCUCCCAGUUCAGCAAAUGUAUAACAUAAAUGUGUGGUUGUCAUCUUCCUGUGCAACCAUAAAUCUAUUUAGAGAUUUUUUACUACUGGAGGGUAGAAGACAAGUCUUGUUGUCAUAACAGCUAAAGAAAAAUGUGGAUAGAGCUAGAAACAGAUGACAUGUAUAAAUAGGCAGUGAGCUAAAGUAAAACAUGCGAAGACAAAUGAACUUCUGCUGUUUCUCUGCACUCUCAGACUGGCCACACUGAAUCUGUGCCAAAAUCAGCUGGCUAUUCUUUGCUGUUUCUUGACAAAAUCAAAGCUGUGUCCAGAUAUAGUGCUUUAAUCCAAAUUACAUUAAAAGACACAGACAUUGAGCUGUAACCAUCCCUUCCCUCAAGGUUUUAGAGAGACUUUUGAGCUUAGCAGAAGAGCUUACUAGUGCCAGCUACUUUAGUGUUAAGUGUCAAUUAGUGGCACACAGGCAGGUAGGUUUAACUGGAUUUUUACAGUUGCAUAUGCUCUUCAUACAGAUUGUCUUCCACUUGAAAUGUCCAGACCACUAUAACAAAAUAAUUGGAUAGUAAAUGGACUAUAUUCUAAGACUCAGAAUUUAAAAUUCAGGCUAAUGUUUUGAAAACAAUGAUUUUAAGCAAAAAUGAUAUACAGUCUAUAUUAAUCUGAAAAACUCUUAAGUCGAUUUUCACUGUGAACGUUCUUUAAAAAAAAGCAAAGAAUUUAAUCCAUCAGAAUUCAAUCCAGUUUCUAAAUCUCAUUAGAGUCAAACGCAUGCCUGAAUUCAUCCUACUCAAAAUCAAUGGGACUCAGAAGGUAAGAUUGCAGUCCUAACCCCACUUACCUGGGAAUAAGCCACACUGAGUUCAGUAGAGCUUACUUCUGAAUAGACAUGUUAAGGAUUGCACUGUAAGUCCACAAAGGUCAUAAAUUUUUUCUAGUCCUUUUUCUGAUAAUGCAUUAUUGGGUUGGGUCACUGAUGGCACAUCAGUGGCUAAAAAUCUGGACAUUUCUCUCUGAACUGCCUGGGAUUGUUCUUAUUCACAUAAACUAAUAAUAAUUUGACUAAACCAUUCCGAGGUAGUCUUGCUGGUACUGACUUUAAACAUAAGGCAGCAAAAGAGGUUUAAAGACUCUCUCAAGGCAAUUUUUUAAAAAAAUGUAGUAUAAACACCAACAAUUGGGAAACACUUGCCUGCAAGCGCUCCAAUUGGAGAACAGCCUUUACCAAAGGUGUCAUGGGCUUUGAAGAUGCUUGAACUCAGGACGCAAGGGAGAAACGUGCUAAGAGGAAGGCACGCUUAGCAAAUCCACACCGUGAUCAACUCCUGUCCAGAAACCUCUGUCCCCACUGUGGAAGGACAUGUGGAUCCAGAAUUGGCCUCCACAGUCACUUACAGACUCAUUGUUAAAACCGUGUUUAUGGAAGACAAUCUUACUUGGCUACGAGUGAUCGCCAAAGAAGAAGAAGAAAAAGCCUUUAAAAAAACAACACCAACUGCUACAUAGAAACAUGAAAGCUGGAGUAGGUAGUACAUGUUCAGUCUUUAAACUCUGUUAAAAGUUAGAAGAUACCAUUGGUGACUAAUGAUGCUUACUGAUACUAGCGUUUGACGUUUGCACAAUUUGUUUCCACACAGCAGUGAAGAUGGAUGGGCUCUGUUGAAUGUGAUGAAAGGAAUGGGGAAGUAUUAAAAAUUGUCGUGUGAGUGCUGCAAAGGGCUGGUUCAGCCAGGCAACAUUUGGGCAAUUGUUGCACAAACACAUGGAGUUACAGCGUUGAAAGUCUAAGUGCCUUAGGCUGACAUCCUAUGCACGCUUACAUCAGAGUAAGUCUCAUUGGACUCAAUGGGCUUUACUUCUGGGUUGGCAUGAAUGUCAGUAUUUAGUUUUACAACAGGUUGCUUGUGCCACAGUCCUCUGAGGGAGAAGUAAAAAGGUUGACCACAAGGGAGCACUCAAUGCAAAAGGAUUUGCUUCUAGUAUCUCCGUAGUGGAACAAAGUUCACUCAAAGAAGGCAAUUCAUAAGCAAUGAAACAGCAUAAGAAACAGCAAUUCAUAAGCAAUGAAGACCCAUAUGCUCCUCUCAUGAAGAUGGCAACACUCUUUAGAUCGGGUGUGGAAUAUGUGGCUAUCCAGAUGUUGCUUGACCGCAACUCCUAGCAUUGCUGACCAUGCUGGGCAGGAGUGGAGGGAAAGGGAAACCAACAAAUCAGAAGGCUCACGGUUUGCCCACCCCUGAUCUAAAUGCAGAAAUGCAUCUUGGAUUUGAAUGUUGUCUAUGUCUGCAGUGGGGGAGGCUAACCUGUGGACCAGAUAUGACCCUGCAAGCUACAGGAAGAGACCUACCAGCGCCCACAGCUUUAUUUCCUAAUCUCAGUACUGUAGUGCUGAACAGUGAGAUCAGAAGAUAGAACUGCCUUCUCUUUAGAAAUUAAAAGGCAGCACCCACCCGAGCAUUGUUCCUGGAAAAACUCUCACCCAUUUGGUCUAGUGCCUCAGACUGGAUCCAGCUUCAUCCAAUUCCUUACCGAGACAAGACAACGAUCCAGCACAUCCGCUGCCUCACCUGAAGAUGUAAAGCAGAAGUAGGCUGAAGAGCACUCUCCAAGCAUCACCCUCUGGAAACGACCAUCUAAGUAGGACCAGAACCAUAGUAAAGUGGUGCCACCCACCGUCAACUCAGACAGCCGCUCCAGAAGAAUACCAUGGUCAAUGGCAGUAAUGAGACACUGCAAGCUUUUGACUUGCUCACUUGCAGCUCCUUGCAGCCACACUAGAGAAGAGUGGAAGCUUUUGCUUCUGAUUUUCGACAACUCAGCAUGUCAUCCAAAUCCCAGACAGUGAACCGCUCUGAUUAUUCUGUGAACCGCCCUGAGACCUGCCGGGUAUGGGGCGGGGAUAUAAAUUCAGUUUUUUAUUCUUAUUCUUAUUAAUGGUAACUGGUUUGUUUGAAACAAGCAAUAAUUAAGAUUAAGCACAGUUUGUUGGUUUUGCAUGAUGUAAGCAAACUGCCAAAACCCCUUCAGCUGCAACCACACUGAGCUAUCAGUGGUGUACAAACUUUUUUUCAAAGAGGGCCAGAUGUGAUGAAAUGAAGGGUCGUGAGGGCCAACCGAAGGGCCAACCAAAGUUGUUGAGCUUUUAGGAUUUUACCCCACGAAAUAAACUGCCACAGGGGCUGAAUUAAACCGACCGGUGGGCCGGAUUAGGCCCCUGAAACAGACUUUGGACAUGCCUGGGUGUGACACCUGAAGUGGGUGAUUGGAAUGAUCUUUCAUAUUCCAGUUCAGAUCUCCACUUAUGUUCUCAUUAUUUCAGUUGGCUUAAAUUUAGAAGAUAGACUGUUAUCUUAGACUGAAAACAGUUUUAGUUCAUGUUUUUACAAGCAAGUAGUGUCUUCCUUUCCUCCCUCAUGUAAAUACUAGGUGCUCAAGAUAAGUAUUAUUUUAGUCCUAUAUUUGGAAAGAACUGAUUUCACUAUAACAAUUUAAAUUUAUAACAACACUGCUACCUAGGCUGGUCUCUGAAGAUAGUAGAAGUUUGCAGUGGAGACGAAACAAUGUAAUGGGGCUGCAGCAAGAAUUGCAUCAUAGCAAGAGCAUCCAUGAGGCAUUAUUAGUGUGUAGUGAGAAAUGUGCAUGGUAAUAACAUGUUCACUGUGUUAGUACAAGUAGAUUUUAAAAAUUGUAUUGUAUGGUUUUGUUUCUGCUUCAUGAAAGAAUCUAUAAUUAUGGACUGUAUGGACUCUCCAUGGUAGCCAACUCUUUGUUAGUCCUAGGCAUAUUUUUGUAAAUGGCACAUUAAGAUGAUGCCGCCAUCCCAUUAAGAGGAUACCAAGAAAUGCCCACUGUCCCCUUUGGACAUUAAUGUAUCGUGUUAGCCAGAUAUGGUGUCAGCAUACCCUCAGGACUCAGUGGGUAUUCCUGCCAUGGGCAUGGUGAGGCAACAAGAAGGGUAGAUAGAGAACUUCAUACAUCAUCGUUCCCUCUACAUUUCCAAGAGUCUCGUCUGCUGAAAAUUCAGAGAUCUAGCUCAGUAAAGAAUUCACAGUAAAGCCAAUAUAACUCAAAGGUGCGCAUGACACUCUAGCAAAAACAUUAGGAUAUUUUUAAAUUGUUGCCCAAUUUUGUUAUGUAUACCCCACUGAGAAUACUGAGAGCUUUUCUUGAAAGGCAGGAUAUAACAUCAGAUAAACACAUUUACAGACCCAGUUUUAAAAAUUUAAUACGCUGUUUCAUCAUAGGAUGAUGGAACUGUGGUUUGAAUAAGUUACACAACUAGAACUCUUGCUAAUUUCCCCACCUUAUCAGGAAGAAUAGUUCAACCCCAGUAAUUGGAAAUGAAUCAUUUGUUUCUGUUCUUCCAUUUGAUCUUGUGACACUGCACCUUUAGUUCAAUAUCCUGCUUGGUGCAGGGGUGGAUGAAGUUUUUCAAGGAAGCUCGUUGCAACAGAGAUUCCCGGACUUGGUGAGCAAUAGCCCUGAAGGCUGCAGGUGUAACCCAGGGAGGGAAACAUAAACCCUGAAAGUUGUAUUUGGAGUGUUUUAGGGCCAAGAACAAUUAAUUUUUGUUAAUAAUACUGCUUUUUAAAAAGUGUGCAUAAACUGAACACACUAUUUGAUGGAACGUAGCUAUGUCUCUAUGCUAAUUUCCUGCCCCAAACUAUCCCUGCACCCCAUGCUGUAUCUGAUAGUCUCCUGGCAACAAAAGUUUAUGACACAAUAAAUUAGUUUAUUCUUUAAACUGUCACUUGGGUAUUUUUUAAAAGCAUCCUUGUAACUCUCUAUGAAACCUCUUCUAGUUUUCAUUAUCCUUCUUGAACAUUCCUGCCCAAUAUUGAAUACAAUGUUGAAUAAAUAUGCAGUCUCAACACAGCAAACAUAAAUCCCUAUGUAUCUACUUUAAUCAUAUAGCAGUAACUGGUACCUAGUUUGCAUAUAGAGAGCUUGCCAAGUUUAGAAUUCUACUGCCAGCUACUUGGUAGCCAGUGUCGAUAAUUUCUUGUGACCCAAUGGUGUGUUCCUACUAGGAAUGUGAAUGAUAUUUGUAUUUUUCAAAAUUGCCUAUGAAAUAUUACAAAAUUUGCUAUUUUGUGUACACAUUGAGCAAGAUUCCGUGAAUGUUUGUUGGAUUAUGAUGCGUUGGUUCAUAUUAUUUUCAAAAAGAAAUAAAAUGGGGGGACGACCUUUUUUUUUGUAAUAAUCAAUCCUGCUACAUUACUGUCACUUAAUGCAAGUUAUAUCCUUUCCAAAUGCACAUACAUUGUAUGUCUGUAGUAAAAUUACACAAAUCAAAAUAUGUUAUCAGUUAUGUGGCCCAAAUACAUGUUGCAUAACACACAUAAUUUUUGAAAGCAAUUAUGAAAUUUGAUGAAAGAGAAUCAAAAGAGAAUGAGCUGUGAAACAACAUGGGCUCAGUAAUUGGCAAAAAAUGAAAAGUGAGAAAACAUCACGAGUUACAUCACUUGUCCCUACUCACUGUUUAGUUAGUUAAAAUCAUGAAUUCGCAACAAAAGGCUUGAAGAGAUGUACAACAACAAAAAAUAAAAAUACCUCCCCAAAUAAUAAUCAAUCAAUCAAUUAAUUAAAAAAUAACAAAAAUACCCGAACAUAAACAUUACUUAAACAUGUUUAAGUAAUGUUGCCAUAAAACUUUAUUACCCAUUGUUGUAAACAUAUAUUCUUACAUUUCUGUCCUUGGAAGGGAAAAUUGUGCCCUGAUUUAACAACAAAGACAUGCCAAAUGAAUGAACUGUAUGUUGCCCUUAUGUGACACACUCAUCCAAUUGUUGGCACACCAGGGGAUGGUAUCUGUAACAGAUUGUCCUGUUAGUCAAGUUCUUAGAAUUGCUCCUCUUUUUUUAGAGCAUCUGAUCUAAGUUCAUAAGAGGUGAAAUGCAGUCUAGGUAACAUAGCAAUGCAUUAUCCUAUUCUGCCUUUAAAUACAAAAGCAAACAAAUCCCAGAUUACUUGUGUGUCCCCAGCUUGGUCUUUUUUAUGAAGCAGUAUUAAAUCUAAGUGUCUCUAGUCUAAGACAAUCAAUACAUUUAUAAGCUGACUGCUAUGUGUACAAACCCUCUGAAAUUCAAGUUGAAAUGGUUUAAUAAUUUGCAAGAGUGCUAAUAACUGGCUGUUGUUGUGUGUCACCCGCUCUUGUCCAUUCUGUCAAUUGGGGGAUAAAUAAGAUCCACAGAUCUGAUGCAUGUUUGUGGCUUUUUUUAAAGAGAACCAUCGGUAUCAGUGUUAGAAACUGAGAUAUGAAAGCUAGGAGCUAAAUGGCAGCUUAAACCUAGGUUAUGGGUGCAUCAAUGGAAUGUCUAGUUGUAGUUUUUUAUAACAAGAAUACAAAGCUGAAAAUGAAUGAACUGCAUCUAAAAUAUUAUGUUCAUUUUUCACAUGGUCUAGUCCUUCCCCUGCCCACCACCCUAAUAUUCUUAAGAGGAUCUCUUCUCCAGUCUUCAGAGAGUAGCUGGAAGUGGGGAGGCAGAAAAAGGCCCUCCUUUCUUUCCACUCUGCAGUUUCAAUCUGAAAUCUUAGGUGCAGUACUGCACCCAGAUCUCAGAAACUACUUGCGCUAAUGAAAUUCCCGGUUGUAAAAUGCGCCUAAAACAGUGGGUGUUUCAAACACUGAUCAGUAUGCCACUCAGCUCUACAUUUCUCUUUGUCAUCUGAGUCUGGCAUGGCUGUGAAGGUGCUGAGCUAGUGCCUGGAUAUAGGAAUGGUCUAGGCGAAACCCAAUAAACUACCGUAUUUUUUGCUCCAUAGGGCGCACCUGACCAUAGGGCACACCUAGUUUUUAGAGGAGGAAAGCACAAAAAAAAAUAUUCUGAAUCAAAUGUUGCACUAAACUAUUUAAAGCAGCAAAGCGGGCGGCUCCUGUCUGCUUUGCUGCUUUAAAGCGAGCCUCAGAGGAGGGUAGGAAGGGGAACCAUGGCUUAUCUAAGUCCAGUUAAUAAUGCUGAGCCUGAUUUAUGGCCAUCGAGAUUAGCCUGGCCUUCUCAGUGGAAAUCUGGGGAGGCUGAGGUGGACUUUCCAGUGGUCAAAGUGUGGUUGUGUCUUCCUGCCCAGCAUCUAUUUCCUGCCCUCUUUGCUCCCUGCACCCCCGCACCCUGCUUUGAAGCAAGCCACGGAGGAGGGAAGGAAGCGGAGCCAUGGAUCCUCUGCUCGCAACUGCAGCGGAUUCCCUCCACUUUGAAGCAGGAAAGUGGGAGAGGAGCAUACACGAGUGUAAGCUGCUCCCCUCCCACUUUGCUGCUUCAAAGGGAGCCCGGGAGGAGGGAAUCCAUUGCAUGGAUCCCCUUCCUUCCCUCCUCCAUGGUUGCUUUAAGCAGGAAAGUGGGAGAGGAGCUGCUUACACGAGUGUAAGCUGCUCCCCUCCCACUUUGCUGCUUUCAAAGGGAGCCCAGGAGGAGGGAAUCCGCUGCAGCCGCAAGUAGAGGAUCCAUGGCCCCCUUCCUUCCCUCCUUCGUAGUUGCUUUGAAGCAGGAAAGUGGGAGAGGAGCCGCUUACAUGGGUGUAAGUGGCUCCGCUCCCACUUUGCUGCUUCAAAGCGAGCCACGGAGGAGGGACGGACGGACGGAAUCCCCUUCCCUCCCUCCUCCCCGGCUCAGGUCAGCAGCAGCGGCUCUUGCUGGCUUUACAGUGAGCUGGAAGAGCUGUGCAGAGCGUUUCAGCAGCAGCGGUUCUUGCUGGCUUCGCUCCGUAGGACGCACAGACAUUUCCCCUUACUUUUUAGGGGGGGGGGAGAGAAAGUGCGUCCUAUGAAGCAAAAAAUACGGCAUAUAUAGUGGUACCUUGGUUUAAGAACAGUCUUGUUUAAGAACGAUUCGUUUUACAAACUCCACAAAACCGGAAAUAGUGAUCCAUUUUGCGAACUUUACCUUGGUCUAAGAACGGAAUCCAAACAGUGAAAGGGCACUGGCGGGGGGGAGGCCUCAUUAGGGAAAGCGACUAAGAACAGUUACAGUUUAAGAGCGGACUUCCAGAACGGAUUAAGUUCAUAAACCAAGGUACCACUAUAUAGUUCCCAGAUCCAGUGAAUUGGUGUUCAGCUGGUUCUGAAUGAGUCUGUUUACAAACUGAAUGUCAGCUCGGGCCAACAAGAGUUUGAAAUGUAGUGUAACCAAUUUCAGCUUACUAACAAUUUAUCCUUACUAAUUUGCAGGAAAGCUUUGAGGAUGCCUUUGAAAACAUCCCCGUGUAAGUAUGAUUUUUUAAAAACCUCAUUCUCCUAAUAGAGAUGCUGGGAAGAAAGGCGGAAGUGAGAAGUAUACAUUUAAAUUAAAUGUAGUGUUAUCCUUUCUGCUCUUCUUACAUCACCUACUUCCAACGCUGCUUCUCCUUAACUCCUCAUGUCCCCGCUACUUGUUUCCUUCUGUAUCUGCAGAACGUAGUUAACCUACUGCUUCUUCCCUAUUUCGCCAGCUUAUUAUUGUUAUGACUUUUAACUUAGGGCUUAUCAGCACGGUCCCAGAGAACGGUCUUUUCAUCUCGGCUUGUGAUUCAGGGAAGAGAGAACAAAAGUCACUUUAUAGUGUCCAUAGGUCUGUUCACCCCCUUUUAGGGGUGUGGCGGCCUUGUGGGAUGGCCAACACCUCCCUCCUGCUGAUGAUACAGGGCUGUGUGUUCGGGUCUGAUCCUUGCUGGAGUGUGAGCUUUGGCUCACACACCCGGCUUGAAAUCCUGCUCCACAUCAGCCUGCCGAAUUGGCCAAUGGCAGGGUGGCACGGAGGCUGGGGCCCUCCGGGGCGGGCCUGAGGGAACAAUCAGGCUUCCCUCAGGUCCGCUCCCAGGGGGUUUAAAACAGCCUACGCCAGCCCCCGACACCCACUCCUGUAAUUUUGCAUUUACUCAUUGAAUUGACUUUGCUAUGGCUGCGGUGGCCACUGUAUUUUGGGGGCUGAAUAGGAAUUUGCCUAUCAGGUGAAUUGGCUAUGCCCUGGAGGUUUUGCUUACCUUGUAGCAAUCAUCACAACUUUGGCAGUUUAGGCACUGGGUAACCUUAGUGUUUUUGGGACGCGGGUGGUGCUGUGGGUUAAACCACAGAGCCUAGGACUUGCCAAUCAGAAGGUCCGACCUAGCAGUUCGAAAGCACGUCAAAGUGCAAGUAGAUAAAAGGUACCGCUCUGGCGGGAAGGUAAAUGGCGUUUCUGUGUGCUGCUCUGGCGAACCAGAAGCAGCUUAGUCAUGCUGGCCACAUGACCCAGAAGCUGUACGCUGGCUCCCUCAGCCAAUAAAGCGAGAUGAGCCCCGCGACCCCAGAGUCGGCCACGACUGGACCUAAUGGUCAGGGGUCCCUUUACCUUUUAACCUUAGUUUUGGUUGGAAGGGUUGUUGUACUCUCGCUUUCCCCUCCAGAAACAGGUUUCCCCCUUAAAGGGAUUCAUGAUGGAGUUGCUUCUGUCCAUUUGCCCUUGCGGGGGCUUGGGCCUCAUCGCUCCUAGAGGCGGCGAUCCCUGUGGGGAUCCUCCUAUUUGAUCUAAGUCAUAGGAAUCCCCGCUGCUGGGUUGACCCUGAUGUCAUUUCUAGCAGACGGACCAGAAAUAAAUACUAACCCAGUGCCUAUGCCAAACCACUUCAUCUGUAGUCAAUAAAGGUGUAGCCCGAUUUGAUCCCAUUCAGCUGUGUGGUCUUGUUUAUUUGGUAGUUCAUCUAAAGGGCACAUUUGUUACUGUUCACUUUUUUGAAUUGCACAUGGACUGUAUGCUGCUCAUGCUUGCUGAAUGCUUAUCCAAUACAGCAAAAUAACUGUGAGCGCAGUGCUGUCAGCUACAAUAUCAGAUUUCCUUACGCAUCACAGCCAAUAUGGCAAUCAAAUAAACACUGUGAAAAUAAUGUCAUCAUUGCUAGGAUGUGUCUGUCUAAUUAGUGCAUAAAGGUCUUUUGGAACAAUAUGUUUGUUAAAGAUCUCAAGCUUGAUGAGUUGUUCUGCCGUACGUAUACAACUAUGCAAAUUUACUCAAAUUGCCCCAUUGACCUUGGCGAGUCUUACCUACACCAUCUGAACUGCAUAAGGUAGUGUUUUCCAGCUGAUCUGCAGAUGUCCAUGUGCAUAUAAUUCCCACCUGCUUUUCGCAACUUGUAGUCAAAAAUGAAAUAUUUUGACCCCACCUACUGCUAAGGUCCUGCAUUAGUAAGGAAAGAGUAAGGAGAGCAUAAUGGCUGUAGAUAAACUUCAAGUUGGUUGAGGGUAGGCUCAGGCUUUUUCCAGCACUGUGGCUGCCUGCAUGGUAGGUUCUUCCAUCAUUACUAUCAGGAACCCUUAAGGGAACACAUUUAUCAACUUCCAUUUCUUGCCUGAAAGUCAGUUCCUGACUUCCUUCUUUUACACUGCAAUUCUGUGCAUAUCCAUUCAGAAGUAAGCCACAUUGAAUUCAAAAGGGUGUCCUCCCAGGUAAAUGAGGAAAAGGCUGUGGCCUAAGUUGCAAUUCUGUAUGUAUGAUGGACACCUGCAGGCAAAGUCCCUGGAUCCAGUCUCUUCUCAGGCAUAAAUGUAAUAGGUGACCUUAAGCAAACCACUGUUCUUACAGCAUGGGGAUAAUGCUGAGUUCAGCUGGGUGACUAUUGCAUGGGAAAGAUUGGUGUGGCUGUGCCUAUUUGCGUUGUCAACCACUAUAGCAGUUCAAUGGGAUGAAACAACAGGAAAGCUGCAGAGUGUAAUGCUGUUGUUGUAAGCAGGGCCGGAUUUAGGUUUGAUGAGGUCCUAAGCUAGUGAAGGUAAUGGGGCCCUUUAUAUGUGAUAUUUCAGGGAGCAGGCUAGCAGGCGGGGCCCAUUACUUCCUACACAGCACAAAACACCAUUGCUGUAUGUAGGUUUUAUUUUAUUUUAUCUUAUAUUUUGGAAAUGUACAUCCAGGGUUUUUUUCUUUAAUUUUUUGGGGGCCCCCCAAGAGAGUGGGGCCCUAAGCUAUAGCUUGUUUAGCUUAUACGUAAAUCCGGCACUGGUUGUAAGCAGCGGCAGGGUGUUGUGGGUGGAGGGGCACCUCACUUCUCAACACCAUGCUUUGAUGCCACUUCACUGAGAUUGUGGUGCAGGCACAGUGGCAGAAUUGGCUAUGUCAACACUACACUGAGCUCCUGGAGUCUUGUCCCUUCCCCUUUCAAUAAACAGCAGGGACAUGCAGUGUUAGUAAGUCAGGGUAGCAAACACAGCCCCAACUGCUCCACCCACUGCUACAGGUUGUAAGGAUUAUUGAGAGUGUAUUUGAGGCACUUCAUGCAUGGAAAAAGUGCCAUAAGAUGCUAAAUAUUCAGCAUUAAAAAUUUCAAUAUCAGUGGCUUUAAAUUGUUUUUUAUUGCAUCUAUACAUUAAGUAGAAAUACAGAUAUAUCAUAAUUUUUUUUAAAAAAAGUAGAAUUUCUUGUAAAAUCACAAAGUGCAGGUAUGAAGAAACAUUAGAAGUGCCUUUCUCUCUCCCUCUCCUUUCCUCAUACUGAAGUUGGAUAUUCUUAAUCCUUGAUCCUACCCAAGCUGCUCUGUGUGGUAUUAUUGCAGAGAUAGAAGCCAGAAGUGUUUAAGAAAGGUUAGCCUUUUAAUCUCAAAACUGUGGUUAAAGUUUUCACUAUUAUCUCUUGAUAAAGGAAUCCAUAUUAAGGUGUACAAAAUUAAAAUACCAUCAAGAAUGUGGAGUACUGUUCCAUUACUGGUUAAAGUAUUUGAUAAGCCAAGUUGUGUUUGCCUGGUACUCAGGUUCUAUGAGUGCGUGUUUAGCUUUUCUGUGUCUGGAUUUAUAUUAAUAAAUGUUUGUGCUUAUGGGAGACCUGGAUGUGUUGCAGUUUGUCUAACCACAUGCAUAAGCUGCAGACAUCAUACAGAAAAGUGAAAAGAACCCAUGUAUUUCUUAAUACUGUAAUUGCAUUUAUAUAACUGCUUUGAUUUUUAUAUUUAUAUUUUUAUGUUGUGCGUACACAUUUGACAUUUGUGUUCCAUGUUGUAAACCGCCCUGUGAUUGGCAUCAGAAUCUGCCUAUCCGGUGGAUCCUGCUGCCUGAAGCGGUCUCCUCACCUUGCCUCAUGGUUGGGCCAGCCCUGGCUAGAGAGUUCAAGAACAGGAUCAGGAGUCUGAGAUUAGGCAAAAGCUUUGAAGAUGUCACCACAAAGGGCAUGUUUUGUAAUGCCACCCUUACUUGCUGCUUGCUUAGUUUUUAUAGCAACCACUUAACCCUUAACACCUUAACACUUAACUCCAGCGGGUGCAGAAUGCCGCGGCGAGACUCCUUAUGGGGUCCUCGCUGCGAGAUCACAUUCACCGGGUGCUAUACCAGCUGCACUGGCUCCCGGUGGAGUAUAGGAUCAGGUUUAAGGUGCUGGUUUCAACUUUCAAAGCCCUAUACGGACUAGGACCCUUGUACCUAUGGGACCGCCUCUCCUGGUAUGUCCCACAGAGGAACUUACAGUCUUCAAACAAAAACAUCUUGAAGGUCCCAGGCCACAGAGAGGUUAGGCUGGCCUCAACCAGAGCCAGGGCUUUUUCGGCUGUGGUCCCGAUCUGGUGGAACGCUCUGUCACAAGAGACUAGGGCCAUGCGGGAUUUGACAUCUUUCCGCAGGGCCUGCAAGACAGAGCUGUUCCACCAGGCCUUUGGCCAGGGCACAGCCUGGCUCCCUCCUUUGGCAAUCCUCACAGAACUUCUAGCCCAAUGGUUUCCAUUAAUUUGAUUAGAAUUAAUUUUAGAAUGAAAUGAUUUUAGAAUGUUUUAUCAUUUUACUGUUGUUAGCCGCUCUGAGCCCAGCUUUGGAUGGGGAGGGCGGGAUAUAAAUAAAAAUUUAUUAUUAUUAUUAUUAGUAGUAGUAGUAGUAGUAGUAGCAAUGGCCCCCUGGGGGGACAACUGGGCUCAGCCCUCCACCUUCGUGAAGUGUUUCAAGGCUGCCAAAUUUGCUUUGGUGGAGGCCACUUUCAGUAAGUGCUCCAACAAAUGCUGUUAUUGGGAUUUUCCUUCCACCCACGCUCAGUGAUCCUGCUAUUGGAUAUCCCUUUCUUGGUCACAUCAUUCCUCUGCCUACAAGACUUAACAUAACAUGUUAUUCUGGUCAACAAGAGUGAAGCUCACACAGAGAGACUUUGGCUUCACUUCUUCUUAGCACAUUCCUUUUCUGCCAGACUUUCCUUUCUUGCUGUAAUCUCUCUUCCAGCCCCAACCAGCAAAUCUAGAAUCAUAGAAUUUUAGAGUUGGAAGGGUCAUCUAGUCCAACCCCUUGCAUUGCAGGGAAAAUCUAGCUCCAUCACAAUUUCCCCCAUUAAUUACUUGCCACUCCUUUUUCCACCAUGACUGCCAAUGUGGUGCCACCACCAUAACUUGCUAUUGUUGUGGGAUGCAAAUGCAACAUGGGUUUACAGAUUUGGGGCAGUACCAAAUAGUAUGGAAAGAAAAACCAAUAUGCAUCUGCCCAUCUUUGAGGAGAGCACAUUUUUGGACACAAUCAUGCGAGAACCUAAAAUGCUUGUAAUGCAGCAGAAGAAUCUGGAGCUUGAUAGCACUUGAAUCAAAUACUUAACACAGGGGUCAGCAUACUUUUUUCAGCAGGGGGCUGGCCCACUGUCCCUCAGACUUUGUGGGGGGGCAGACUAUGGGUUUUUUUGGAGGGGGGAAAUGAACGGAUUCCUAUGUCCCACAAAUAACCCAUAGAUGCAUUUUAAAUAAAAGGACACAUUCUACUCAUGUAAAAACACGCUGAUUCCCAGACCGUCCGUGGGCCAGAUUCAGAAGGCGAUUGGGCUGGAUCCAGCCCCUGGGCCUUAGUUUGCCUACCCAUGACUUAACAUGGCUUGUGAAGACUUCUAGAAAGCUCACUUGCUCUCUCUGUAGUUUCUUAGGAGAGCAUGAAGCUCUUAAUCCCAGGGCCAAUGGUUUGAGCCCCAUUCUGAGUGAGAGAUUCCUGCAUUUAAGGGGGUUGGGCUGGACUCUUGGGGUCCCUUCCAACUUUGCAAUUCUAUGAUUCUAUGAUCAGUGGAAGAAUAUUUCAUACUGUUGGCUUCUUCAAGUUUCCAUGCCCUCUCUAACAUUUCUCCUUAGAUAUUGGUUGUAUUGCAUGCUAUAUAGUUAUCCAACUCACUAUCAUGGAUCAUACUUAACACCUACUUAAGAGAAAUUCAAACAUAAAGUAUAACAGACUGAAUUUCCAGUAAAUACCAUUCUAUACUUCUUGCUAUACUAUUUUUAGAACAGGCAAUGAAUUAUUAAAUCGCUCUGUUGUUUCUAGCGCUCUGUUCUGUUUAAAUGCGGUGUAAAAUAGCCUGGUUCUCCUUUUCAUCAGAUUUAAAACAUUAAUGUUAACUGGAGCACAAAAAUCUGGAGCACAAAAAUCUUUUUCAUCCUUCAAACACAAAUCAUUGAGUUGCAUUUGGUCUUCAUUUCCCCCUUUGUAGUUAGGCAGUGAUGGAUUAGAAUUAGGCUGCAGCAUAGAUUGGGAAAAUCUCCCAGCAUCCUCUUCCUGCAGAGGCAUCAUCUAGCAGCAUUGCUGUAGCUGCAGCUAUUUCAACUGACAUUUCUUUUUAAAUUGCAAUAUGGAGGGCUCCUGAGAUGACAGCUGCUUCUGUGUGAACUUUUAUAUCUUUUUCCUGCCUGAUAACUAAUUAAUAAGAGCCUCGUGAGUAUUGAGGAAUAAAACAGAGGAAAUGGGAUAUUAUCUAGGUGUUUUUUGCUGCCUUGUCUGGCUCUUGACGGAAACAAAACGUGCCUGAGAGAGGCUUAUCUUUCUGUAGCAAUUGCAGUUAUUCAUCUAAAGUUAUCUACUCAUUUAAUUCUGUGAGUAUAUCAUGUCUUAUCUAUGCUAAGUGGUUACUACAAUUGAUGGCAAAAGCCAGGGUGUAAUUACAAUAAUUUUAUGGGGAAAUUGCUUUAUGAGGUUGUCUUAAUAAAAAUUUAUUGCAUUCUGUAAAAAAAAGCAAGUUCAGCAUAUCUGUGAACUCUUUUGUAGGAGAGAUUAACAUUCAGAAUUAUUUCAGAAGCGAUUGGUUUUCCUUUCCAUUCAUAGCUUAUUUCUAGCAGUUAUCACUGUGUUUCUGCUGAUGCCAAUCUUAUAGGUUGCAGAAUACUGCAAGGUGUGUAUAGCAGGAUGCAUGCCUGAAAUUGUCACACCAUUAAAAAAAAAAAAUCGGAGCUAUCUAUGAUGUAUGAGAUUCAUUUUGAUUCUCAGGGAACUAAUAGCUUCCGUUAUCUGGUGACUUUGGUGUUUAGUUUUAAUAUAGCUGUUUAUUUGUAAUGCAUCGGGGGGAGGGGGGGGAGAAUAAGCCUGAAAUGACUUUGCAGCAAAUUUAGAAGGUGAUUCACUACAAUAAGAUUCGGUUAUAGUAAACUUAAUAUGAAUUACUGUGAACUUGCAGGAAGCCAUAGAAAAAGGAUCAUUUGGCCUUAAUAAGGUGUCUGGAUCUGGGCCAGCAUUUGAAUGACGCAGUCUUGGUACCAAAAACAUCAGGCCAGAUUGUGUUGACUUCUAUGUAGGGUAACAGGAUUUCCCCACCCCCACUCUCAAUUUUAAAAUGAGCUCAGCUGUAGGUACUUUCUUCCCAGCCCCAGCUGUUCAUCAGUAUAAAGUUGCAUUAGUGGUUGUUGUUGUUGUUUUACAUCAAUUACAAUAUUUACUUUUAAGACACAGGACUACUUGGUCUCAAUGGCAUGUGCAGGUCCCAACAGGAUGGCUACAGUAUUUUGAAAGAAUAGUUUAAAAGGUUUGGUUUUUCUCCUCCUGGCAAAAUAGAAAGGAGGCAAUUUGGGAACAAUCUCAAGCAAAAGUUUUGCAACAAAAAACAGAGCACAAUUUAUCAUGGAGAUACCUCCUGCUCAGUUCUCAGAGCAUUUGUGUUGGCUGAAGCGCUACCCUAUGAAAUGCUUUUGUGCCACAAAAAUUCUCUGCGGAUGUGCUUAUUUUAAUUCUUUCCUUUUCCUUUUUGUAUUUUUUAUAUAUUUUAUUGAUUUGUUAACAAAAAAGUGCAUUUUUUUCUUAAUUGGUGUACUAUAUACAUAUGAAGAUAUAUUGUUGUGAUUGUAUGAUUCUCACUAUCACCUACUGACUGCUUCAGGGUGAUAAGGGCUAGGCAGGGUUUCCGCAAAGAACCAAAUCAUCACUAAAAGAAGUGCCAAAGUAGUACUACUUUUAUGUAGGCAUGCUUGAGAAAUCCAGUCUUUGUGAAUUUCAGUAUGGACUGACCUCAUUCAUGCCACCCAGACUCAUGUGCAGUUCCGAACUUACUUAUCCACCCUGCUUUUUGCAGGGUUUCAGAAGGUUUCAACGCAGCUCUUGGAUCAAAACAAAGUGCAGAUACAUCCUCUCAAGCAGUUAUCAUUAGUGUGGAUGGGAAACAAUGAGACAGAGUUCAGUUGAAAGCACUCCUGUGGAUGAACAUGCACAGAAAUGCACCUGGAAAAAAAUGGAUCUAUGCAAUCCAUAUGCGUAUUAACACUCUGCCUUGGGCAUAUAGAGCUUUGGGCAUAUAUCAGGAGAAAAGCAGAUUUUACAAACAUACUCUGGGGUACCCUACUGCCAGGGCUUGAACUGGGAGCCUUGGGUUUUCUUGUUGCAAUGUGCGGUAAGCCACUUAACUGUAUUUUGCAAUAACAGCCUAAACAGUUCAGUGUCCUUGGGCCAUGGACCAACCAAACCAUUGGGUUCCACUGCAUCACCAGCCCUCUGGAAUCAGUUAAACAUCUGGUUAACCUGGCACCUAACGUAUUGAUGUGUAGGCAGCUACUUUUUGUUUAAGAAGGCUUUCCCUGGAGUGUGAACCAGUCAUUUCAAAGAAUACCAAUUGUAUAAUUUUAUUAUUGUUUUUAGAAUAGGCAUCUUUUGUAUUUUAUCUUACUGCAUUGAUUGCUUUGGCUGUGAAACAGUUGAUAAAUCUGAUAAUUAAAUACAUUACAGAGUUGUCAUUAUUCCCUCUCAACUCCACCCCUUUCCAACGCUGCGGCAGUCUUUAGUGUAGCAAAGCUGGGGUACUUUGUAGGGAUGAGGUAAACCAUGCUUUCUCAACCACAGUACCCCCUCCCCUGCAAUAUAAAUAUACUAAUGAUUUACAAAGUAGCACUAGCAAUACUAUUGUUGUUGUUGUUGUUGUUUAGUCGUGUCCAACUCUUGGACCAGAUCACACCAAGCACUUCUGUCUUCCACUGCCCCCCGCAGUUUGGUCAAACUCAUGUUAGUAGCUUCGAGAACACUGUCCAACCAUCUUAUCCUCUGUUGUCCCCUUCUCCUUGUGCCCUCCAUCUUUCUCAACAUCAGGGUCUUUUCCAGGGAGUCUUCUCUUCUCUUCUCAUGAGGUGGCCAAAGUCUUGGAGCCUCAGCUUCAGGAUCUGUCCUUCCAGUGAGCACUCAGGGCUGAUUUCCUUCAGAAUGGAUAGGUUUGAUCUUCUUGCAGUCCAUGGGACUCUCAAGAGUCUCCUCCAGCACCAUAAUUCAAAAGCAUCAAUUCUUCGGUGAUCAGCCUUCUUUAUGGUCCAGCUCUCACUUACAUACAUCACUACUGGGAAAACCAUAGCUUUAACUAUACGGACCUUUGUCGACAAGGUGAUGUCUCUGCUUUUUAAGAUGCUGUCUAGGUUUGUUAUCACUUUCCCCCCAAGAAACAGGCGUCUUUUAAUUUAGAAAGUAGAUAAUGAAGACUAUCUUGUAUGUUUUCUGUUGGUUUGAGUUUUCAGUUUGCCAAAAGAGGUUAUGAACAAGUUUCAGCAGCAGUGUGGAAAGUCCAUUUACUUUGGUAUUUAAAAAACCUGAGUAUAUCCAGCAAUUGAGCUGUACCAUGGCCUCAACUAGAGCCAGGGCUUUCUCGGCUGCGGCUCCAAUCUGGUGGAACGCUCUGUCACAAGAGACUAGGGCCCUGCGGGACCUGACAUCUUUCCGCAAGGCCUGCAAGACAGAGUUGUUCCACCAGGCCUUUGGUCAGGGCCCAGCCUGACUCCAUCCUCUGGCAACCUGCACAGAACUUUGCUUAACGGUUGCCAUUAAUUUGAUUUUAAUUAAUUUUUAUAAUGAAAUGUUUUAGAAUGUUGAAUUAUUUGAUUGUUUGAUUAUUUGUUUGUUGUUAGCCGCCCUGAGCCUGGCUUUGGCUGGGGAGGGCGGGAUAUAAAUAAAAUUUAUUAUUAUUAUUAUUAUUAUUAUUAUUAUUAUUAGUCUGCUAGUUUGAAUGCAAUGUCUGUGGUCACUUAGGCAUAGUGCAAAAUUCUAACUAUUCUCCCAAUCCUUCCAUUAGGGCCACCAAGAUGGAUCUGAAGUGUUCUCUGGAAGAGUGCACGAUGGCACUGAACUUAUUUCUGAACAACAAAUUCUCGGAAGCUCUGGAAUUGCUUCGUCCCUGGUGAGGUUAUUUUGUUUGGUAGAAGCAGUACAGGGAGAUGCUAUAAGGCAUGCCAUCUGUUUGCUGGAGAUUAAGGCCUCUGAACAGAGUAGCUUUCAUUAUUUCUAGCUCUGUUGCCCUCCCCAAAGCAAGUCUUCUGCAACUAUUUCUUUAAACCCUCUAAAGUGACCUAUUUUUGGUCAGUGGCUUUUAGUUCAAAAUUUGAGGUGUAAUAAGAGCCGUUGUGCAUGUUAACUUGAAGAGGAAAAAUGUGCAGACCCAUUUGUAAUUUUAUCAGAACUAGGUUGCAGAAUAAGCAUAAUUAUAGAAGAGAUUUGAGGGAAAUCAUUUUAUGUGCAGAAUACAUUGAAAGAUGUAUAGCAUUUAAAAGUUACUUUUAUGAAACAUGUAAUUUUGUGUUUAAAAAAUACUAAUUUUUUUAGUGGAACUACCAUUUUGAUUGAAAUGCCCAUUUUAUUUUAUUUUUCAAAACAGGUCUAAAGGUAGCAUGUACCAUGCCCUAGGGUAUAGUACUAUUUUAGUUAUGCAGGCUGCUAUGACCUUUGAGCAACAGGAUAUCCAAAUGGGAAUUGCUACAAUGAAAGAAGCUCUACAAACUUGCCAAAAGUAAGCAUGAAUAAUUUUUUAUUUGUUGAAUGCUAGGUAUCGGAGGGUUGUGCAAAAUCACGUGUAUGUUUUUUCUUAGCAAGUAACAGGGAAAAAACUAGUAAUGAAAAGAGAUGUAGAGAAAAGUUAUUUUUUUGUAAUUUUGAUAUGCACUUACUCAAUAGAGAAUAUGAUCCUGGUCCUUGUCGUUUAGGAUUACUAGAGCAGUACUCAAUCAGAAGAUAUCCAAAGUUAGUCCGGCUUGCAGUAAGCCCAUUGAAAUCCAUGGGCGUGACUAAAUUCAGUUCAUUUUGGUGAAUCUGGGAAUAACUUAACUGGAUAACUGUUGGGUACGCAUUAUAUAGUUUGGAAUUGUGGUAGUAGCCAUAGUGUCAGCCUAACAUUUAAAAUGGGUGUGCAGUUAGUCUUGCAAAGAAGAGCUUAAUCCUAACCAUGCUUACUCAAAUGUAAGUCCUGUUGAAUUCAGUGGGGCUUACUCCCAGGUAAGUGGGGUUCGAAUUGGAGCCUGAGUCAUUUGUGAUGUCAGAGGAUGUUUGCAGUCUCACUGGCAGCCAGAGGGCACCAUGUAUGUAUGUAUGUAUAUUCACACAGCCUCUGAUGACUUCCAUUGCUUUGUACAAGUUACCAUUUCACUCAAGUCUCUUUCAGAGCCUUGUACCAGUUUUCCACUUGAAGUAAUGAGCAAAUCGUUAAAAUUCCAAAGUCCAGCACCUUUUGCUAAAUUAAAAAACAGAAGUCAUGUAUUCACACUAAGAGGUUUGGUUUGGGGCUAGAUUAAUUGACUUAUUUUGGAGCCUGUGCUGGAAAUAGACAGACUUCCUGACUGCUUCUGCAGUGGUUGCCUACAGAAUAUUAUUAUUAAUAUUAUUUAUUAAAUUUCUAUACCACCCUUCAUCCAAGGAUCACAGGGUUGGUUUACAAUAUGAAAACACAACAAUACAUUGGUAAUUAGCCAAAGGCUUGGGAGAAGACGAAUGUUUUUGCCUGGUGCCUAAAGAUAUGCAGACACCAGGUGAGCCUCCCACAAAUGGGGGGCCACCACAGAAAAGGCCCAUUCUCGUGUUGCCACUCUCCAGAUCUCUCAUGGAGAAGGCACAUGAAGAAGGGCCUCAAAUGAGGAUUGCAGGGUCCAGGUUGGUUCAGACGUUAUAUCUGCUGUAGGAAGUAAGUGGGGGGAAUCACAUAGAUUUAUUCAGUUUGGCUGGAAGAAUAGGUUAUUUAGGCAUGACCAGAAUGAUAUCUAGAGAUGUGACAUACUGUAUUCUUUGUUAGAUGGAAUUGCUGAUAAGAAACUGAUAAAUAUAAUCUUUUGGCUUUGUAGCAGAGACAUAGGAUAGAAUCUGAAUAAGGUCUGCAGUUAGGGUCACCUUCAUGUACUCGCUCCCUGGAAAUGGUGUGAUUUGUGCUAGAUACACAACCAUGGUGUGUGUUUUUAAUUGAAACUACUUUUUAAAAAAGUGACCCACGCCUUUAAAACAACUGUAUUAUAUAAGAAAAAUUAAGAGGCUUUUAUACACAUGCAUAUUAAAUUACCAUUUAUCUUAGAAAAGUUCACAUUAAUCUGGGAUGCGAGUAUCAUUUGGAAUACCUUCUUUGUAUAGAGGAGAGAGGCCAGUCUGCACUGAUUUUUGGUAGUUAUGUGAUCAGAUAAAACAGGGAGGUAGUUUUCAGAUAUUCUCCUUGAUUCUCUGUAUCUGUUUCCUUGAAGAACGACCUUGUAGGUAUGGCUAGGUACAAAGAUGACAAAUAACAUUUCACAUUUGCAUGGAAGCUACGUGAAUGGCCCUUUGGUGUUUAAUAUUUGCUUUUCACUAGCCUCAUGCACUUCUAGGGAAUCAGCUACAUUCCCAGGGCAAGAGCCAGGGGCAGGAGGUGCUCAGUUCUUCCCAUGUUUACUAUGACAGGUGGGCUGGAUGACUGAGUGGUUAGAGCCCUGCUUUCUGGACACUAAAUUAUUGGACGUUGUUUGUGCAAUACAGUGGUACCUCAGUUUAAAAACAGCCCUGUUUUCGAACGAUUCAGUUUAUGAACUCUGCAAAACCGGAAGUAGUGUCCCGGUUUGUGAACUUUACCUCGGUAUAAGAACGGAAUCCGAAUGGUGGAAGGGCACCGGCGGCGGAAGGCCUCAUUAGGGAAAGCGCGCCUCGGUUUAAGAACAGUUUCAGUUUAAGAGCGGACUUCCAACACGGAUUAAGUUUGUAAACCGAGGUGCCACUGUAAUAUUGUGGCCUAUGGUAUUAAGGUUCUGUAGAUUGCAUUCCUUUUCUCUCCCAGCUAUGGCACAAAUGUCUGAUGUAUGAUUCAGUUUCUUUAGCUAAAAUUAAAUGCUUGUCUCUUUCUCUUUCAUGUAGAUUCAGGAAAAGGAACACAGUAGUAGAAUCAUUGUCCAGUUUAGUUUCGAAGCAGUCCGUAGAUCAGCUGAAUGAAGGUAAGAAGAAUAUGGGGUGGGGGUGUUUUCUCUGUAAGCUUAUAUACUCAGUGCUCAUUUUUGUGAAUUUAUAAGCAACCUAUUUCACAGUAUUAGGGACAAAGAAUUGUAGAAAGACUGUACAGCUUAAUACAUUGGGACUCAAAGAAGCACAGUGUUUUGGUUUCUCUUUUUUUGUUGUCUUCUCUCGGUCUGGAAAAAACUUGAUUUUUUUAUUUCCUCCAAAAGUACAGCCUCUGGUAGCAGAUCAAAUCAUGUCAAUUAUGGGAGAUAUCUAUUAUCUUGACCAAGAGUGACCAACCUGGUGCCCAUGGGCACCAUGGUACCCGUGAAGGCUUCUGGUGGAGCCCCUGGGCAGAUGCCCCAGAUGCUGAGCUUUAGUAUUUUAUUUUUUAAAAGACUCUAGUUAUGGGGCAAAAUUUGCAGGAAAGUAUUUGAUAACAUUUGUUCUUCCCAUUCCUUUAGUACUAUUCAUUGCUACUAUUUUAGCUUUGUAUUAAUUUGUUUUAUUUUAUCUUUAAUAGAGGAAAUGCAUGCAGAAAUCUGCUAUGCUGAAUGUUUACUGCAGAAAGCAGCACUGACAUUUGUACAGGUAACGUACAAACUACCCUCCCCUGGAAUAUUAGCCAGACACUGUCUUUGCUAUCUUUUUGGCAUCCACUGAAAAACUUCCUCUUUCAGCAAGCCUUAUAAGCUGAGAUAUUUGCCAGUCUGCAUCUGUAUUAUAAUGUUUCUAAUACGUUUAAUUUUUUUUAUUUGUGUUUAUCUCUUGGUUGUUUACUGCCCUGUGCUCCUUUGGAAGAAGCAGCAGAACAUAAAUUAAAUUGAUAAAUAAUGAAUAACAUUAGAGUCCCACAUCAGCAGACUAUGGGAAAAUGGGGUUUUCAGUAAAGCUAUGGAACAAGUUCAUUUCACAAAAAUCAUGAUUAUUGUGUCUUAAGAAAGAAAGAUGCACUUCCUGCCCCUCUCUUUCAAGACAUUCCACUGUGUGCAUUUGAUAAAAAUCCAGAGCCUGAAAUACUAUAUUAAUGAAAACUGUUGAAACUUGUGCCCGUGGUAUAUUUUAUCUCCGAAGCAAACAAUGAUGCUGAAAUUUGGUGCUUUUACAUGUGUUUUAAUGAUCACACAGGAAAACCUUUCCCCACAUCAAUCAAAGUACAUUACAGUACCAGUGUUCACAAACUAAGCUUUUCCCACCUUAAAUGCCACCUUGUCGCCUCCAGUUAGUUCAGAAGAAGAAACUCCUACAGUUUGCCAUGCAACUCGACUCUGAUGUAUUGUCAUGGAUCUCCUUCUAGCAGGCAGCACUGACUUUUCCUUUACUGCCUCUCGGCCCUUCGGUGACCCUGGCAAGAUUGAGGAAAAGCCUUGUCAGUUUUGCUGACAGAUUGUCAGAUUGUGUUUUGUUUUCAAAUGAAAGUAUUACUCUGAACGUAAGCACUUGAAGGAAAAGACUAAAGAACUCCCAUCUUCCUUCCAUAGAGCAGCCUGAGAAAUGGUGUCGGGGAAAGGGAUCGGAAGAUUAAGUUUUCCCAGCAGCAGUGAAACUGAUAAGGCUUCACACCCACGCACACAUACACUUCCAAAAAGGAGAAUUUAAAAAACCCACACACUUUUCCAAUUCUGUGAAAAAUGGAACACAGGGGACUAAAAAUACAUUUCAGAUAGAGUACUUACAGGCAAAAAAUAAAAUAAAAUUAUUUGCAAUUGCAAAUCCAUUUUCCUGGCUAUCAGUCUGUGUUAAAAAAAUUAUACAAGUAUAUUUAAAAUCGUGUUUCUGUUUCAGACACACACCACCAAGAGCAGGUCAAAACACUCUGGUUUAAUGUUUAAAAUGAUACUGGUUUACCACAUGCAACUUUUUAAACAUUAAGAUGAUGCGGGUUUUCAGAAGCAUAAGUGGCCUCUGCUUCUAACUGUCUACUAAUGUUAAUUAGUAUCUGCUAAUGCAUCCAUGAGGUUCUUCCAUUGGUCAGUAAAGGAAGAGUCUCAGAAACAAUGAUGCUAUGUGCAAUAAUGUUCAAGAAGAUCUAUUUCCAGGAAUUUCAUUUUGCAAUUAUUGGCACACUUUGCCUGUUCAGUCAUUCUGUUAAAAAACGAUUUAGCAGAGUACCGCAGGUCUUUGCUUUUCUCUUAGCUUUAAUUCAUAUGCAUUUGUGCAGUAAAUGUUGCUGUCUCUUGUUCCAAACAUUAUUUAAUAAACCUUAACAAAGUACCGUAUUUUUCGCACCAUAGGGCGCACCGGACCAUAGGGCGCGCCUAGUUUUUAGACGGGGAAAUCAAUAAAACAAAUCUCCCCCCCCCCAGUCCCAAAGAGCAGUGUACAGGCUGCGCACAACCUCUCCCUGCCGGAGGGGUUGCGCGCGGCUAUGUCACAAGCCAAGGCAGCCAGCGGGAUGGAUCGCGCUGGCUGUUUUGGCUUCCUCUUUAGCCCCACGCGACCUCUCCCUGCCUAGAGAGGCUGCGUGGAGCUAAAGAAACUAUAGCCCCGUGCAGCCUCUCCCUGCUGGAGGGGUUGCGCGCAGCUAUGGUACAAGCCUGCAUUCGCUCCAUAGGAUGCACACAUAUUUCCCCUCAAUUUUUGGAGGGGGAAAACUGCGUCCAAUGGAGCGAAAAAUACGGUAGGUCUCUAAAAAAUGUUUUAGAAGACUUAGCUGUUUACUGUUAUCUUUGCAAAAUAAGGAUCACUUAACAUUUUCAUAGAUCACAGCUCUUGGCAUUCUGCUUCCUAUUGAUAAUGAUGCAUGCAAAGGCUGUUACAGUGGUGCCUCGCAAGACGAAAUUAAUCCGUUCCGUGGUUUUUUCGUCUUGUGAAGCACGGCUAUUAGCGGCUUAACAGCUAUUAGCGGCUUAGCGGCUAUUAAUGGCUUAGCGGUUUUAAGAAAAAGGAAACAAACUCGCAAGAUGUUUCGUCUUGCGAAGCAAGCCCAUAGGGAAAUUCGUCUUGCGGAACGACUCAAAAAACGCAAAACCCUUUCGUCUAGCGAGUUUUUCGUCUUGCGAGGCAUUCGUCUUGCGGGGCACCACUGUACAUACCCCAGAGCCUUUGGUUUUAGACCUUCAAUAAAACUUUUUUUUUUUUUGUCAAAUCCCUGCCAUAUUCUUCCACAUGAUCUUGUACACAAGUACACUACUGCAUGAAAAAGACUAGCAUAGACUGGGCUGUAUGUGUGGGGAACUGGCAGCCAAGUUCACAAUUGUUGUUGAGAAAACUGCCACUGCUGUUGUGGAAAUGGCUCUCAUCUUCCUCUAUACAGCUUCAUUAAUGCUAGCUCCGCCCCUCCCAUAUGCAGCAGUGCAGAAAUUUUUAAUAAUGAGAAUCAGCGCUACAGCUUCAAAAAUCAGCUUGCAGGUGGAACUCUUGAGGAGGCUAGCUGUGGCAUAGAUAGCGAGUUCAGACCCAUGUCAACACUAAAAGAGGUCAGCAUAGCUAUAUGGCAAGGUCAUUUGUUGCCUUUUUAUGCACUCAGACGCACAGUCUGGCUAAAAAAGGCUGCUCAGCUGGGAACUAGUGUUUCACUGUAUGUUACAACCUGGCAACAACUGAAAUUUCAGGCAAACAAUAGUAUUGAUUUAACAGAACUUGGGAACUUGUCCAGAGUAUUAAAGGAUUUUGCUCCUUUGAAGUGGCUGUUUAGACCUUAUAUUGCAAGGGAAACUUAUUUAAUGCACAUUAACCACUAAAUAAAUAGUCCAUUGCUAUUUAUGAAUCAUUAUGCUGCGGUUUCCAGUCUCCAAAUCAUGAUACAAUACCUGUUGGAGAUGUAGUAGGUUCCAGUAUUCACACUGGAAGGAUGCAGAAGAGUGCAGAACAAGGAUGAUGCAUGCACUUGGUGGAAGCACUCAAUAUUUAUUACGGUGGAUGAUGAAGUCUUCAGAGUGGGCUAUUCCUCAUUCAAUUUUUGUGUACUGCAAAUGUACCACUGUAUGAUUCCAUUAUUAUCCCAGUAACGCAUCAAAUUAUUGUUGGAUACUUGUAGCACCAUCUAGUGGUGUUUCUUCAGUUUUGCUUGAUACAUAUAAAUGCUUCUUUCCCGUGAAGUUUUGUUUUGGAAAUGUUUGUAUAAAGCAUUUAUAUACAAAUAGUGUUCCGUUGAUUAAGAGUUGCAUGCACAGCCUAAUAAAUACAUUCAGCUUCAUGUAUACACAUUUUGCAUGUUUCCAGUGUUUACAUUACACAGGUAAAAGUGUUCAAGUGAUAGAUGUAUGAUAUACGCAAUGGGUUGCAUUAAAUGUAACGCUAAGUAGUAUUUUGCAUCCCCUCAUGUGCUCCCUGAAUCUCUUAUGGGGGCUUCUUCAACCCUCCACAGCAGAUCUGGGGACAGCAUUGAGGGAGGGAGGAGAAGGGGCAAAGUCCUGUUGUGGCAGCAUUAAUCCUUGCACUAACACAAAAACCUAGUUGAAUAUCACCUAAUGAUUUGUUUAAUUUCAUCCCCCCCCCCAGGAUGAAAAUAUGAUCAACUUCAUCAAGGGUGGCCUCAAAAUCAGGACAAGUUACCAAAUAUACAAGUCAGUUUCUGUAACAUUUUUUAACUUGUGCUUUUCUGUUUAUAUAUUUCAGCAAUUUAAUUCCCUGCUAACUGUUUAGACACAGGUGGCGCUGGGGUCUAAACCACAGAGCCUAGGGCUUGCCGAUCAGAAGGUCAAAGUGCAAGUAGAUAAAUAGGUACCGCACCGGCAGGAAGGUAAACGGCUGCUCUGGUUCGCCAAAAGUGGCUUAGUCAUACUGGCUACAUGACCCAGAAGUUGUCUGCGGACAAACGCCAGCUCCCUCGGCCCGUAAAGCGAGAUGAGCGCCACAACCCCAGAGUCACCCGUGACUGGACUUAAUGGUCAGGGGUCCCUUUACCUUUUUAACUGUUAAGAUAUUAGAAAAUUUGACACCAGGUUUUUAAAAUCAUUUGGCAAUGAACUUCAGUCUUGCCUCACCCCGCCCCCAAAGAGACAUGCUUCCCAGCAGGGGCAUUAGCAAGAUGGCAGAGGAAGCAUGUGAAACAGCAAUGGGAGAAAUAAAAGUGGGAAAGACAGCAUAUUUACCUGCACUUAUAAUUCUUAGUCUGUAAUCUUAUACAUGCUUACUUAGGAGUAAGUCCCACGGCUUUCUGUGAUGUUAGAGACAGUAUACAAAAACUUAAUAUAUAUAUUUUUUAAAAAAAUAAUUUUUAUUAACCGACCAAUCAAAUCAAAUCAAAUCACAUCACAUAAAUUCCAAAUUACAAAGCCGAAUUUUAAAUUUUGUUGAGGGGACCCAUAUUUCAAGAUCCGAAGGGGGAUUCUGAUCAUCUUCUUGCUAUUGCGUUAAUGUCCAAAUAAGUCCAAACAAAGUUCAUAAUUCUAUCCAAUCUUAUCUUGCUGUUUCCACAUCUCAUCUUAAAAACUUAAUAUAGAAGGUGGGGAUUUGUUAACAGUGAGACACUGUUACAGAUACUAUAUCUGUAAAAUAUCCCUGAUAUUGUGGAAGUAGAGGAGCAGGCAGAUUGCUCUUAAAUCCCUGCCCUUUGUUGUUAGUCUGUAAAGCACCAUGCACUCUGACGCUGCUUUUAAAAUAAUAUUAGGCAUGCGAGGAGAAAUACUUUUGGAGAGCCUUGUUUUAGGCAAUAUUGAAUAAUAAGCUAAGCCUCAAAAUAAUUGCAGUCAGUUGGAGACAGGUGCAAUUCUGUUAAUUUCCAGUUACAUGUCAUAGUAAUUGCAGUACCUUUCAUUCCAUUUAACAUGAAAACUAUCCUUCUUUUUUUACUCAAAAAGAGAAUGUCAUCAGGUUCUUCAGAUGACCCAGGGCAGCAAAAACAAGAAUGAAACCUACUACCAGUUUGAAGGGGGCGUGCAGCUAGGAAUAGGAGCAUUCAAUUUGGUAUGUGUUUUUAUAGUUUUUGGUGUAAAAAUUGUGACGUGAAACAUGGCCUGUAAUGCUGUAAUUUUAAAGAAUAAAAAAAACUAAAAGCUGAUUGUAAUUUUGCAGACUUCCAUCAUAGCAAUAGAAAAUUUUUGUGGUUUUUAUAUACACAUCUGCUGCAAUUUAUAAUAUUAUUCUAUCAAAGUUAACUUGAACACAGAAAUAUUAGACUGUUUUGUUAUUAUUUUAUGCUGUUUAGGUUUUUAAGAUAUUGCAGUUUCUUUUAAAUAUUUUAGUGAUUUUGUGUUGCUGAUUUGUUGCAGAUGCUGUCCCUUUUACCAGGAAGAAUCCUCCGACUUCUAGAGUUUAUUGGGUUUUCAGGCAACAGGGUAUUAAAAGUUCUUUUCACCAUUGAUGUUAAAAUGUACCUAUAGCGUAUAUCAUGGAUUGGGGAAAUAUAGGAGCAGGCUGCUGAACGUGGAAGGCAUUUUUGUAAACUUUUAAGUAAUUGAUUUCAUAACUAUUCAAGUGCCAUGAUUAAUUACAGGCAUAAGCAGGGGCAGCUGCCCCCCAUCAAGUAAAUAAAAAAAAAUUAACUAAAAGAAAUUGUAGAAAGAUUUUGACACAUUAUUCUGAGCACUUGGGGUUGAAAGAAAGUAAUCUAAAACAAAUGUCAUUGAGAUCUUUCAUUCUGAAUCUGCUAGAGGGAGCCAGACAGAGGAUGAUGGCAGGUGGCCUCACCCUAACAUAAACCCUGGCUACGCCCAUGGUAGAGGGCAUUAUUCUGUAGCAGCCCCUACAUUAUGAAAUUGCUUCCCUACAGUGGUGCACCAGGCACCUUCAUUGCGCAGCUUUUAUUGUAUGCUGAAGGUGCAUCUCUUCACCCUGGCCUUUGAAUUUUGAGGUGUGUAUUCCAGGACCUGGGAUGCAGGUGGCACUGUGGGUUAAACCACAGAGCCUAGGACUUGCCGAUCAGAAGGUCGGCGGUUCGAACCCGGCAAUGGGGUAAGCUCCCGUUGCUCGGUCCCAGCUCCUGCCAACCUAGCAGUUUGAAAGCAUGUCAAAGUGCAAGUAGAUAAAUAGGUACCACUCUGGCGGGAAGGUGAAUGGCAUUUCCGUGUGCUGCUCUGGUUUGCCAGAAGGGGCUUAGUCAUGCUGGCCACAUGACCUGGAAGCUGUACGCCGGCUCCCUCGGCCAAUAAAGCGAGAUGAGUGCCGCAACCCCAGAGUCAGCCACGACUGGACCUAAUGGUCAGGGGUCCCUUUACCUUUUUAUUCCAGGACCCACUCGGGUUGUGACUGAAUUUCGUUUAAAACUGCUUUUAGUGCUGCAUUUUAUAUUUCUAUAACUGCCCUGGGACCUACCAUAUUGGCCCGAAAAUAAGCCACCCCCCCCCCCGCAAAUUAUGACUGUGAAAAGUUCAAGUGCUGCUUAAAAACGCGACCUUACAAAAAUUGGCUUUUACGAUAUCGCUGCUGAAACAGACAUACGGUAAAACGGAACAAAAAAAAUGUUUUGUUGCCGAUUUGUGAGCUUGAGACUGUUGUGCAAUUAAUUCUAAUGUUAUUCAUCGCUUUCCCUGUAUUUUACAGUGCAUUAUUGAUUCUUUAUUUGCAUUUACGGUUCUACGAACAGGUGUUUAAACCACUUGCGGGUCCUCUCUAGUCCCCGUAGGAUUUUCUUCUACAUUUGCCAUUUAUGGGUGUGAAUGCCUGCAGAGUUUUAAGGGAGCGGCUUAUAUUCGGGUAUUGUCUUUUUCUCCCCCGUCCCCCCCACCACUGCAUUUUAAAGAUGCAGCUUAUUUGCAAGUGUGGCUUAUAUUCGGUUUAGGUACUGUUGAAGGGUGGUUAAAAAAAACCCCAAUAUCUUCCUCUUGCAACCCUUCCUUUUUUCUACAUCUUGAAAUAAUUAGUACUAGUGCUGCAUCUUAUCUUGUGCAAUCUUUGGUUGCUUUUAGGAGGUGGGUCUCCAGCAGUUACGGGAAGGAGCUUCUGGUGCCAGUCUGAGAGCCAUACUGUGUACUUUCACCUUGCUGCUAUAUCACACUUACGUUUCAUUAAUCCUAGGUAAGAACUGAAAAAUAAAUUCCUGGGUGAGAUACAUGGGAAAACUACAGCUUUUAAUCCAACCCCUAAUAUAUUUUAAUGGGGCAUUUACAUGUUUUCUUGCACUGUAUUUUCAUCAUUGCAACCCAGGGGUUGGGGUCACCAAACUUGGGCUGCCCACUUGGCCAUUUUGGGCAAGCCAUGACCACCUGCCCUAUACCUGGAGUCAUGAAUGACUUCAGGUGUUGAGUAGGUAAGAGCAGGGGAUGAAAGGGGCUUUGCAGGCGCUGCUGACUGGGCUGCCAGAAGAGGUUUGCACGGAAGCAGAGGGGGAAGCCCUUCUCCUGUGCCUUGCUGAGAGUCAGGGCUUCAGAGCAGCAGAGCAGCUGAUGUCAUUUGUGAUAUUGGGUGAUUGACAGGUGAGCAGCGCCAUGAAGCAAAUCCUGAUAAGGAUCUGGCCUGCAGAGCAAACGCGAUUCUCUACCUCUGUUGUAGCCCAACAAGUUCACCGUUUGAAGUGGGUUUGAGAUCUUGGAUUAGUUAGCCUUAACAACAACAACAACAACAAAUUACUUAUUAAUUUAUAUGCCACCCAUCUGACUGGGUUGCCCCAGCCACUCUGAGCAGUUCCCCCCCCUCCCAAAUAGAAAAAAUACAACACAACAUCACACUGAAAGCUUCCCUGAUCAGGGCUGCCUUCAGAUGUCGUUUGCGAAUCACAUAGCUGUUUAUCUGUUUGACAUCUGCUGGGAGGGCGUUCCACAGGGCAGGUGCCACUACUGAAAAGGCCCUCUGCCUGGUUCCCUGUAACCUCACCUCUUGCAAUGACGGAACCACCAGAAGCGCUAGUGAACUGCUUUGCAGUAUUUUCUCCUUUAUUUAAAGCUUUUAAAAAUAAAUAAAUCCUGCUCUUUGGAGAACCUUACAAAUGCCAGUGAAAGGACGAUCCAUAUCUUCAGGUUGGUAAUUUAAAAUAUAUACAGUGGUACCUCGGGUUACAGACGCUUCAGGUUACAGACUCCACUAACCCAGAAAUAGUGCUUCAGGUUAAGAACUUUGCUUCAGGGUAAGAACAGAAAUCGUUCUCCGGUGGUGCAGCGGCAGCAGGAGGCCCCAUUAGCUAAAGUGGUGCUUCAGGUUAAGAACAGUUUCAGGUUAAGAACGGACCUCCAGAACGAAUUAAGUACUUAACCUGAGGUACCACUGUAACAGAAAAGGAAAAGAGAUUGGUAGAGAGGAUGAAAAAAGCAAACUCAGAACACUUUAUAAUGACCAGGAGAGUGAUAGGAUUUCUAGAAGGGAAUAGUAGUAGUAGUAGUAGUAGUAAUCAUCAUCAUAAUAAUUAUUUUAUAUGCUGCCCUCCCCAGCCAAGACCGGGCUCAGGGCAGCUAACAUCAAAUAUAUAAUAUAAGAGGAGCUGGUUUUUCAGCCCACAGCCCCAUCAUUUCUAUAAGCCUGAUAGAAUAGCUGCUCCAGGUGAAAGCUGAGAGAGGAGCCUGAUGGAACUGCUCCACAUUGCUCCAGGGAGGACUGAGAGUACACAUUCCCAGGGCUUCUAAUUAUUUAACUGCAUUUUGGUCAGAACCUGGUUGCACCAGCCCCUCGAGGAUAAAUAAGAUAAGCAUGGUAAAGAAUGCAGAAUUUCAGUGCAGAAAUAAUUGUAUGUAUUCUGCUCCAUUUCUGUCCUCUUCAUUUACUGUACAACUUAUUGAUAGCAGUUUAAUAUUUUUAUUGUUUUGUUUGUUUAUUCAUUCAUUCAUUUCAUUUCUAUACCAUUUUAUAUUUUUAAGAAAAAUCUCAGAGCGGUUUACAGAAUUUUAAAACAUCAAUAAAACAUCAAUAAACCAAUAAUAUAGGUUUUCAUGUCUUUGGGUAUGCAGAUUAACCCGCAACUUUGGGCUCUGAUAGAGACUUUUGUUAUUUUCACAGGAACAGGGGAAGCCAACCUUUUAGAAGCAGAGGCCCUCCUUCAGCCUUACCUUCAGAAAUUUCCAAAGGUUGGUUUCUUUUAUUUUUUUCUUUUACCUUAUAACAUGAUAUUUUUGUUGCAAUUAAAAACAUUCUAAUGUGUUGCUUUUCUUUCUCUCAAGGGUGCCAUCAUUCUGUUUUAUGAUGCCAGAAUAGACAUAUUGAAAGGAAAUUUUGAAAAGGUAAUAAAUCCCCACUCUUUUUUAGCAGUAAAAUUUGAGGUGCUGCUUUUAGCUUUUUGAGCUCGUUAUAUAAUUCUGUUGUCUUGUAUUCUAGCUUAACUGAAGCUUAACUGAAGCCAGGGGAAGCCUGUUGCCUCUAACGUGACUGUUAAUUCAUUUUUUAAAAAAACAAGUGUAUGGGAAAUUAUUCCCUGCCAACCAGUGGGCUCAAGUCUGGUUACGAAACAUGAUGUAGACGUAUUGGGCAAAAAGUAAUCCUAUUCUACAACACAUUCACAAUUCUGCAUUUCUAGGGGUAUUCAAGGAUGCUAAUAGCUUGCAAGAGCAAUUCACAAUGUACAUGUUGAAUUUAAUAACCUGUUCUCUGUUUAUUCCACACCUGGAAUAUUUUUCAAGUAAAGACAGCAUAGUCCCCACUAUGGCUAUUAGUUCAAUUAAUAUAAAUUGGGGCAAGGGCUCCAAAGUUCAUCAUCUGUACAGAACUGCCUGUGCUAUGAACAUCUUGCUUAUACUUUGAACCCGAUCAAUUUAAAUAAACUUAUGUAUCAAACAUGUAAGAUCCUUGCUUAGGUUUUGCCAAGUGAAUCAGAGUCUUUCAUGUUGCUCUUCAAAACUCUUUGUUCAAGACCCUGUUGGAUCAUCAAAUGGCCCUGUACUCUUCCUGCCUAAUGUGCCCCCCUCCCCACUUCCCAUUCACUCCAGUUUUAUGAAGGCAUGGGCUAUUGCAGGUGUGGUGAACCUUUGGCAACGGACUGUGCUGGCUGCAGCGGAUGGGUGUUGUAGCUCACCAACCCCUGGAAGGCCAAAGGUUCUCCACACCUGGGCUAUUAAAUAGUUAUCCAUUAUUAGGCAUAGCAAACCACACAUUAUCAAACAGACACCAUAUACAAAUCGUGCAAAAUACGAGCUCAGCAUAACAAGGUUUGUCCUGGUCAGAUCUUUAAUUCCAGAGAAAAUCAAUUUGCACAAAUAAUACAAUACAGCACUACCGAAUCCCUGAUCAAUUAAGAAUCACUAAUUCUCUUUAUAAUGGCCCAGUCUUUCUACAUGGACAGCACUCAAAAAUUCAGCCACUAUUAAAGUAAUUUGAUCAUUCCUGUCCGAAAGCAGGUCCUGAACCGUUGGUGGCAAAGAAAUGAGCCUAUUGAGUUGUAAGGCCUCUAAUAAUUGUCUUCUGGCAUAAAUGCCAAAAUCACAAUAAAAGAAAAUAUGCUCCAAAUCAUCAGCUUCCUGUUUACUACAUUUACAGAGACGCUCUAAUUCUGGGAGAGCUAAAUAUCUUCCUCUCACUGUCAUCAAGGGAAGCAUAUUAAAUCUGGCUAACAUAAACAGCCUGCACAAUUCAUGAUUCUUCAGAUUUGUCAUGUAUCCCUUUUGAAAAUCUCUGCACAAAGGGAGAUUUAAAUAGAGAGGAGAGCAAGUGCUGUGGAGUGGAGACAACACUUUUUUCUGUAAGAUUCUUCCUGAUAAUUUCCCAAGUUUCUUUGGGGUCAGAACACCUGGGCUAUUGUCUUGCUGUUCAAAAACAAGUAGCUUGACAACUUCUGUAACCUUCUAUUAUCAAAUAAAAACCAGAAUAGGAGCAAAAGGCUUUGUGUCGAGCAGAAAGGCAGCCCUGUUUAGGGAAGCUUUUAAUGUUUGAUGUAUUACGGUAUUUUAGUAUUUUUUUGGAAGCCGCCCAGAGUGGCUGGGGAAGCCCAGCCAGAUGGGUGGGGUAUAAAUAAUAAAUUAUUAUUAUUAUACAGCUGCAACUUCUGUAACAUAUUUUUGAAUUCUAGGCUCAGGUCACAUUCCAGGAAUGCAUUGCAGCCCAGCAAGAGUGGAAGCAGAUCCAUCACCUUUGCUACUGGGAGCUGAUGUGGUGCUAUUCCUUCCAGCAGAACUGGCUUCAGGCAUAUCGGUAUGCAGAUCUGCUUUGCAAAGAAAGCAGGUGGUCAAAGGUAAAUGGGUGAUCAGAUAUCGUUAUGAAGAGGCGAGAGCCCCUUCAUAGUUACAGCUGAUGCUUGCUUUCCCAGCAUAUGCCUUCUCUGCGAGUUCCACCUAUUCAAAUUGGGUGUUGAAAUUCAGAUAUAGUGGUACCUCAGUUUAAGAACAGCCCUGUUUAUGAACUAUUCGGUUUAAUAACACCGCAAAACUGGAAGUAGUGUCCCGGUUUGCGAAUUUUACCUUGGUCUAAGAAAGGAAGUCAGCCCUGAGUGCUCACUGGAAGGACAGAUCCUGAUGCUGAGGCUCCAAAACUUUGGCCACCUCAUGAGAAGAGAAGACUCCCUGGAAAAGACCCUGAUGUUGGGAAAGAUAGAGGGCACAAGGAGAAGGGGACGACAGAGGACGAGAUGGUUGGAUAGUGUUCUGGAAGCUACCAGCAUGAGUUUGACCAAACUGCGGGAGGCAGUGGAAGACAGGAGUGCCUGGCGUGCUCUGGUCCAUGGGGUCACGAAGAGUUGGACACGACUAAACAACAACAAGAAGAACAGAAGCCGAACCAUAGAAGGGCACCGGCGGCGGGAGGCCUCAUUAGGGAAAGCAUGCCUUGGUUUAAGAACGGUUUCAGUUUAAGAAUGGACUUCCGGAACAGAUUAAGUUCAUAAACUGAGGUACCACUGUACUCAGAUGCUCCAGCCAGCAACUCUUAAACUUAAUCUCAGCUACAUAUUUAACUCAGUACUGACCUGUGCUGAAGUUGGUUGAACUACCAACUGAGUUGCAACAACUGUCUGCUGAAAACAGUGGGAACAGACUGGAAAUUGGCGUUGGGGCAAUUGGAGGUUGUGUCUGCAUGGUUCAGUGCACUGCUAGAAAGAGGGGGCCAUUCUACCAAAAUAUCCCCUGUUAAAUAUUCCAGAUCAACCCCUUACUCAACGAGCUGGCCUAUUUUUGUAACCUCUUGUCCCACUAUUUCCAUUCUUUCUUGGAAAAACAGUUAUUUUUUUUGCUGGGUGGGGGGGUGCAAAGGAGAUGCUUUGCCUGUAUUACAACCCUGUUAUAACAAGUUCUAGAAAUAUAAUUUUGUUUUAUAUCAAUAUAGCCAAUUCCAUUUACUUUACACUUAAUAAAUAACUUUUAUUUUAUUUUAUUUUCUAAAUACCUCUCAGAGUGAAGUGCUUUCACUAGUAGAAAUCCAAGGCAAAACACAGAAUAUCAAUAUCUAAUUUCUUAGCCGUAACAGUUUGUCAAGAAACAGAUCCACUCUUAACAAGAUGUCUGUUAAAGACUACUUUUAAGAAAUGUCUUCAGCCCUGAAAGUAACGCAGUGGCAAGACAUUUUAGCGUCCUUAGCUCUACUUGAACAUACUUCUCUCGAUGAAAGCUAAGGGCAGCUUUUAAAUAAACUUCUUUUUUAUGGCCACCAGCAUGCCUAUCCCCAUAGCGGCAUUUUAGGAUUCAUGACCUCCCCACAACACCCUUCUGCUGCAGACUUCCUGUCACCACACUGGAGAGGCCUUUGGGGGUAGACUAGGUGUGCACUUUUGUAAGGCUCCUCAGCUAUCCUUCUGGAAGUGAUAUGAAUUGGAAUUGUAUGGGAAGAAAAUGUAUAAAAUAAAUUCAAAUCGUUUGUAAACCUUGCAGUAUUUAAGGUAUUAGGUUGUUUCAUUUAAAUAUUGAUUGGUGUACAAAUGAUAUGAAUAGGGUAGACACAUCGACAAAAUGUAUAACAAUAAAUGAUAAGUAUUUUGAUUGGUUUUUUGUUUGUUUGUUUGUUUUUUAUAGGCAAUAUAUGUGUUCCAGAAAGCUGCCAUUUUGUGUAUGCUUUCAGAUGCUGAAGUGAGAACAACAGGAGAAGACAUUGUAGCUUUGUUUAGGUAUUUAAAAAAAUAAAAAUUCUACCUUUUUGUUAUGUCAUUCUCACAAACUAUUCUCACAACGCGGGUGGCGCUGUGGUCUAAACCACUGAGCCUCUUGGGCUUGCCAAUCAGAAUGUUGGCAGUUCGAAUCCCUGCGACUGGGUGAGCUCCCGUUGCUCUGUCCCAGCAAUUUGAAAGCACACCAGUGCAAGUAGAUAAAUAGGUACCGCUGUGGCGGGCAGGUAAAUGGCAUUUCUCUGUGCUCUGGCACUCAUCAGAGUGUCCCAUUGCACCAGGAGCGGUUUAAUCCUGCUGGCCACAUGACCCGGAAAGCUGUCUGUGGACAAACGCUGGCUCCCUUGGACUCAAAAGUGAGAUGAGCACUGCACCCCAUAGUCAAGUUUGACUGGACUUAAAUGUCCAGGGGUCCUUUACCUUUACCCAGUGCUUUUUUCUAAAAAAAAAUAAAUGUUUAGGGGCACUCUUCUUUUGACUCAAGAAAAUCACCAUUUUAUAGUUCAAAUUUGGAAAAACAAAUACAAAAGGACAAUGAACAAAAGUGCAAAGAUUCACAAAAUGCGUACCCCCAGAAGAAAGCACUGCCUUUACUUAAUAUUUGUGUCUCUUUUAAAAAAUAAGGGGGAGAAGACACGCUAUGUUCACCAUCUUGUAGUCCUUAAAAAUGAGAUUAAUUCAUAAGCCUUAAAACGCCUUUCUCACCUCACCUGAAAUUCCACAUGCGUAUUUAUUGCUACGAAAUCUACUAGUAUAUAGAGUUCAAUUUUUAAGAAAUAGUUACAGGUUUGGAACUUGCUGGUUUCAUCAAAAUAUCUCAACAGUGGACCAUUGAACUUCUGCUGUCAAAGGUUUGGUUUUCGUAAUGAGAAUUCCACGGUUCCGUCUCUUUCAGGCAAGUAGAAGGCCUGAAGCAAAGAAUUGCAGGAAAAUCCAUCCCAACGGAGAAGUUUGCUGUGAGAAAGGCUCGGCGCUACGGAGGCUCUCAGCCCGUGAAGCUCAUAGUGCCUGCUCUGGUAUUUACAGCCAACUUACUUCAAUCAUCUGUUGCGUGGCAGAGUAAAUAUGUGUUUGUGUGUAUGUGUUUCUGUGAAUAAUGUAGGCUGAGUACAUUUCCACUUGACUUUUUCAAAAAAGCAUCAGCUGUUUACGUUUUUACCUUUUCACCUCUUAUUAAAUGAAAGGCAGCUAUAGACACCUUUGUCUAUAGAUACAGGCAGCCCUACCGAAUCACGUACAGCAUGAAUGUGCCUUUGCUGGGGGGAUUAUGAGCACUUCGCAACAGCUCUGUUCUGGAUAUAAACUGCACAUCAGUCAUGGGCAGGCUUUUGGAAUCUAGAACCCUGAGAUCCACUAGCCAGAGCCAUAAUGGUGGUACCAGAUCAGGGGCAAGAUUAGCAAAAUAUGCUAACCACAUUUUGAGUCCCCUGAGCUGGGAUGAGCUGCAAACAUUAAGCCCACAUCAACAUUUGAGAUACUACAGCUCAUAAAGGAUUCUAGCAGAGGAAAGAAACAUCCUUUUGUCGUUGCCCUUGUUAAUUAGGAGUCGGAAGCACUGCCUGAUCUCCUGCAGAUCAUCCAGGGAUUGUUCAGACACUCAAGUCAAUUGAUAGCAUACUAUAGAUAUUUAUUACUAUAUUUGUUUCUUAUUCUUCUCAGGAAAUGAUGUACGUCUGGAAUGGCUUUUCAAUUGUUGGCAUGAGAGCUGACCUCACCGAGAAUUUACUAGUAACAAUUGAAAAAGAAGAAACGGCUUUAAAAAAUGAAACCAGUGAGUAAUGUUUUAAAUGAGUGAUUUGAAAACUACAAAGAGGUGUUUGUAAUGAAUCCUACUGGGGCCUCGUAACUAUAUCCUGUAAAGGAAGAAGUGACUAAUCUCGAUGGAUGUCUGUUCUGUGCAGCAUAGUUUCAUCAAAACUGCAUUGGUUGCCAUGAUAAAUAGAAAACUGUCCUUUCCGUAUAAUCCCAGUCCUCAUAUAACCCACAGAAAUUCACACUCACAAAUCCCCAUGAUACCAUACAUCCUUUGUUUGACAAUAUGCAAUACUUGUGUGAAGUGAAGCUGAGUUCAGAACUUGAAGAACACCAGUCUUCCAGAAGAAGUUUUGUUGAUAAAUUCUCUUCAUUCCUGCAAAGGAUGUAAAAUUUCAGUUCUGCUUUGCUGUCACUGUGAAACAGAAUUCUGUUUAUCCAGGGUAAAACAAGUGCUGGGGUGGAGGGGAGAGAGAGAAAUUCUUAACAGUCUGUUAAGUUUCAAGAUGUAAAGUACUGUAGUCUUAUAUGAUAGACAGCCUCUAUGUACAACAGGUGAUUGGUCUCCUGAAUUGUUGGUGCGUGUUCAGCCUCUUUUUCAGCUUCUUUUACUGUCCUUUGUAGCUGACAAAAUUCAGUUGCCGGAAAAUUCUCAAUAAUAAUAAUAUUAUAAUAAUAAUUUAUUAUUUAUACCCCGCCCAUCUGGCUGGGUUUCCCCACCCACUCUGGGCUGCUCCCAACAGGUAUUAAAAAUACAAUAAAACAUCAAACAUUAAAAACUUCCCUAAACAGGGCUGCCUUCAGAUGUCUUCUAAAAGUCGGAUAAUUUGUUCCCUUGACAUCUGAUGGGAGGGUAUUCCACAGGGUGGGCACCAUUACUGAGAAGGCUCUCUGCCUGGUUCCCUGUAACCUCACUUCUCACAGGGAGGGAACUGCCAGAAGGCCCUCGGAAGUGGACCUCAGUGUCCAGGCUGAACGAUGGGGGUGGAGACGCUCCUUCAAGGAGCUAGGUUUUGACUAAGUUUUUAACAGUUGCAUAGAUCCCUGUGAGGCAGUGCUAUGAAUAUUGCAUAGAUAACUUUGGCAUACUCAUCAACAUAUCUAUUUUCAUUCCAGAUCUGACAUAAUAAUGAGUUAUGUAUAUCUGCAGCUACUGUUCUAUCAUAUUAGCAAUUUUUACCAAUACUGCCCAGGUUUCAAUCAGUUAAAAGGCUAGAGUACAGGUUCCCAGGUUUCAAUGAGUUAAAAGGCAGGUGGGAAAUGUGGAACGAUAUAUUUUACAUUGCUAUGUCAGAAUAUUGCUAAACAAGCAGUUUAUUCAUUUAAUUGCUUUUGAUAAGAAAAAUAGAUAGUUAAAUAUAUUACACAUUUCUGUUAGGUCCACUGUUGCCAUUUGACAUCUUUUACAGAUGAGUCAGUAAUUCCCACCCAUCCCACAUACACAUCCAUUAUUGUUAAGUUUGCAAUUUUAAAUGUUGUGCUCCUUUAUUUUCAGAUCACAAUGAAUACUACAUGGAUGACAUCUGUCUGCUACAACUGCUAAAAGGUCUCUGUUUGAAACAUUUAGGAAGACGCUUACAAGCAGAACUCUGCUUCAAUCAAGUUAUUCAAAGGUAAAAACAGGAAGUUGUAUUUUUGGAAACAGUGAUAACCUGUGACAUCAGAAAGCAUCCAAGAACAUUUGCUGCUUGCUUGCUUGCUUGCUUGGUUGUUUUGCACCUAAAUUAAGGGUAAUUGGAUUUUGUGGAAGAAUCUUACUUUAGUUUCUGAAAUAGACAAAACUGAUCUUCCCCAUGUGGUUCAAUGGUUGUAAAUCCUUCUUCACUGUUUGAAGGUAUAACACAAGCGAAGAUGUUGAAUAAAAGGAAAAGAAGACCCUCUUUCUCACAUUCCAUUGACUCCUCUGUGCUUUCCUGAAAAAUGUUCAUCUUUGAUUCCUAGCAGGGUAGAGUGGGGUGGGGGCAUGGCUUAGGGUUCCUAACAUUUCCCCUGCCAGAGCUUCCAUGCAUUUAACAACUGUCAGACAAGCAGGAAUUAAGCAGUUGGAUUUUUUUCCUGGCAUGGAGAGAAAUAUACAUACAGUGGUACCUCUGGUUGUGAAUGGGAUCCGUUCCGGAGGCCUGUUCACAACAUGAAAAGAGUGCAACUCGCAGCGGUGCGUCUGCGCACGUGUGGGUUGCGAUUUGCCACUUCUGCGCAUGCUCGUGAUGUCAUUUUGCACUUCUGCGCAUGUGCGAGCGGCAAAACCCAGAAGUAACCCUUUCUGGUACUUCUGGGUUGCCGUGGGACGUAACCUGAAAGAACGUAAUAUGAAGCGGAUGUAACAUGAGGUAUGACUGUAUAUGGGGAAAGUUUUACCUGCUAAACCCUAAAGCAAGGAAGCAUGGGGGCUUUGGGCUUGCCUGGGUUCUGUUCUAUAUUUGGUUCCCCUGAAUACUGACAGGAUGUCCUAUUGAUUUCUUAGUGAGAAGCAGCUGAAGUAUGAUAAUUACCUGAUACCAUACACGAUGUACGAAUUGGGUCUUCUGUACAAACAACAGGAUGAAAGAGAAAAAGCAAUAAGAUUCAUAGAAGCUGCAAAGUAAGUGCUGAUAAUCUUUAUACAAUUAUUAUACAAUUAUUAGCUCAAAAUAGAUGAGCUUAUUUGCUUUAGCUCACUUAUAGUUAGUAUAUCACACAAUCAUAGAAUUGUAGAGUUGGAAGGGACCUCAAGGGUCUUCUAGUUUAACCCCGUGCUAUGCAGGAAUUGCAUGUCAGAUGGCCAUCCCACCUCUGCUUUAAGAAGGAGAGCCCACCACCUUCUGAGGGUGUCCGUUCCACUGUUGGAACCGCUCAUACUGUCCGAAAGUUCUUCCUGAUGUUUAGUCAGAAUCUCCUUUCUGAUGAUCCCUUUGUGGCCUCUUCCACCUUCUGAGAAAUUGUCAGCGAGGCUCUUGAGCAAAUUGUUGGACCUCGCAAUUCCUGGCAGAUUUUGAGUUCCAACAGAUCUUGAUGGGUAAUUGAAGUCUCCAAUGACCACUAUAUCUGUCCUUUUUGAAUAUUUGGUAAUCUGCUGUCAGAAGGCAUCAUCCAAGUCUUCAGUCUGGCUUGGAGGUCUAUAGCAGACACACACAGUAAGGUCAUUGUUGUUUCCCACUCCUACAGCUUUUACCCAUAUACCCCCAAUCUGCCAUUAAACUCAGUUCUGUGCAGGAGUCUAUUUUGCUGUUCAAAACAGCAGAACGCCAAAUGCUUGUCCCAAUUUCCACAACCCAUCUGAAGGCGGGAACCUGUUGAAACUACCCAUGGAAGGAUCUGUUGGGAAAAUGCCCUGGGGCUGCCUGCAAGCCCCCAGAACUCUGAGCGUCCUCCGGUGUGCACAGCACUGGAAAAGGCAUCUCCCUUCUUCUCCAGGGUGCUCAGCGACAUAAACCAGCUUGAUUUAUGCACACUAAUCUUCUAGCAUAACACAGCAAGAAGCAUGAAACAUCGUAGAUCUAAUCUACUAUUUAUUUACACACUAUAUACAGACUACAGCAUAAUGGCGAUCGUUCUCUCCAGCUCCGAGAGAACAGACAGGAAUCUAGUAAAAGUGAAAAUACAUUACAUAGUACAUACAGAUAGGACUGUAUCUGGUUCUCACGCAUCUUCUCAGACAGGCAUGUGAAUUACACCAAUCACAAAAUGCAGCAUCGGAGGAGUGAAAUACUAACAGGAUCUUCCAUAAUGUUAGCACACUAAUAAGGAGAUCUUAACCCUGGUGCCUGCCAGGCAUGUUUCCAGUGGCAGCUGGUCAGACUCCAAGGCCACAUGCUUAGUCCGUCAUUUUCUCUCUCCAUUUUUCUUCAUUUAUUUCUGUAUGCUCAAUGACCCCAUGACUCGGGACAAAUAGAGAGAGAGGAGCAGGAGAGCGUCUCCUUCUCCAUUGCCUGCAUUAUAGAGACAUUUGUAUUAACCUGAUUUCCCCACUACUCCAUAAGUACUCAGGGCACACAGGACAAUUCUAUACCUCCCUGCUGCUCUCAGAUACCAAUCCUGCUACAACAUACAACGUUGCUAGAUUCUGCGCAGCAGCGCUCAAAAUUCAUCAGAUGAUGACCUGUGCCACAAACUAGAUUUGUUGUUUAGUCAUCUUGGUCGUGUUCGACUCUCUGUGACUCCAUGAACCAGAGCAUGCCUUGGAACCUCUCACUUUCUUCUCAAAGCUUCUCCUUUUAUAUGUCCAUGGAGUUUUCUUGGCAAAAUACUGGAGUGGGUUGCCAGUUCCUUCUCCAGGUGGAUCACGUUUAGUCUAAACUUGGCCCUGCACGGCAUAGCUCACAGCUUCUUGGGGUUAUUCAAGCCCCUUUGCCAUGACAAGGCAGUGAUCCACAAAGGGGAAAAGUAGAUUUAGUGCUCUGUAAAUUAAUAGUUAAAGUCUCAUGUAUAUCAACCUUUUAUACUCUUCCACACCUGCCCAAUGCUCCUAUCCCUUCUUUUAGCUUCUUUUCAAUUCUUACAGACUUUUAUAUUCACCUUCUGUUUUAAUACCUUUUAGCUUUCCAAAACGCUUCUACAUUUUAAAUGACUAUCCCACCCUUUUAUGCUGGUCUUUGACAGUAGUAAAUUGAAUUUUUGUAUGUUAAAAAAAAAAAGCCCAGCAAAAAACAACAACAACAGGGAAUGAAAGGUUAGUUUCCCAACUAACAUUUUGUCUCUUACAGAAACAAUUACAAGGAAUAUUCCAUGGAAUCUAGGUUACACUUCCGAAUCCACGCAGCUCUUAAUAGUAUGAAAGUGACUCCUGCUCCGACACCUUGAUGUCAUUUGAGGGUGAUGCACAACACAAGUGUCUACAAGUUACUGCUUGGAAGCCUACAGAAAUCAUGUAAAUGAUGUAACAAAAGAGAUGUAGUUUAUAUUUUCUAUCAUUUGUGAUAUUUGAAUGUUCGUCACCCCUUUUGAGCUGCUUCUUUUUUCUAUGGCGCACUUCCAUAUCUCCGCUUCACAUUUUAGAGGGAAAAAUCUUAUAUUUUGUUUAUAUAUGGAUUAAUUUAAAGCUUGACGUGAAAGGAGAGUAUUUUAUAAAAAUAAAAAAAAAAUUGCUGGUGCAAUAAAAGAGGAAUUCAAACAUUUUAUUUUUUUAUGCAAAGACUAAUAUUGUUUAUGUGCGGAACUAUGCAGUGGUUCUGUUUGUAGUUUCAGCAGUCCAUGAAGGCUUGAAUGUCUGCAAUACUUUUGUUAUGAAUUAAUACUGAGAAAGUUGGCUGCCGGUAGCCAUAGCUGUAUAUUUGGAUUUAAAGCUUAGAUUUACAUACCAAAGACAUGACUUUUCAUAUUGUAGCCAAAAGGUGAAGGACUUACGAGUCAUUUCAUGAAUGUUAGCUUGAAUUCUGUGCAAUAUACUGACAAUAUUCAGCUAAACAAAAUUAGGGAAAGAGAUGGGGGUUUCGCGGGGUUGCCCUCCAAAGCUGUGUUUUUUUGCAAUACACAAAGUCAGUUGUGUAGAGUUAAAGGGGGGCAACCCUUGGAUAAUGGUAGCAAUUCAGUCAUUUCCCGCAUAUCUAGAUAUAUUUAAUUAAGGGAUGUCACUGGGAGUGAACUGUACGAUGAGAAAAUACAUUUCUACUGUCCUGUGGACAUUUGAGGGCCCCUCAGUUAUCAUCACCAAAUGUCAUUUGAUUCUGAGAUUCCUGUAAUUUUUUUUGAGGGAAAUUGCAAUUUCAUUGUGAACGAUUCACAAGGAAAUUGAUGCUCAUAAAUACAACCAGCAUUGCUCUACCUUUUUAAACACAGUUCUAUGGUAAUACAAUUAAACUUUCUUAUUUUCCAGUUUAUUCAUUCCCUUAUUAAUACAACCAUCUUAUGUGUAUUAUGCUAUGGAACCUGGAGACAAAUAGUGUGCACAUUCUCUCAGAAAUGUAAUCAGAUGCCUCCCCAUAGUGUCAUUACACAGUUUAAGGUAAAUUUUUCUUUUUCUUUGGAACUCUGUACUUCGGUUAUUAAUUUAUAAGCUGCUAAAUGAAUGGCAAAGUUGGACUAUUAAUUUAUGAGCUGCUAAAUUAAUGGGGAAAUUGGACUAUAAGAGAUUUUUAUUUUUAAAAGAUGACCUAUGAUCGCAGUUGUGCUAAUUGAUACUGGACCCACAGUCCACAUUCAUAAGCAACAGCUGCAGGAGUCAAAGGACAAUUCAGUCUAGGUUUCUCAGCACAGCUUCCUAAACUUUAACAAAUAGGUUUUCUGUUGAAAGCCAACAGCCUUUUUUUUUUUGCCAUAUUCUGCAAUAACUUUUGCCACCUGCUCCUUUUCAACUUUUAAUGUCAUCCAUUUGGUGGCAUUCCUAUUUCUCUUUGGGCAUUUUAAGAUGACUGUAAUAGAAUUUCAAGGUAGCGGGUCUGCCUAGUAACAUUCAGGAUAAAUUCAAAUAGGAAAGAUAGUUCAUGCCACGUCUGAGGAUCACUUUGCAAGACCUUUUCAGAUUUGAGUUGUUCAUACUUUUGCCAAGAAAAGCACAUACAAAUUCUGGCGCUUAUGGCUUUUUUGGUUUCAAUCCAUGAGGCAGGCUUCAUGUUCAUCACAUUAUUUUCAGUUCCAAUAUGAGGCUCGCAGACAAGCAGUUGCGAUCUAAAAAUACAUUUUAUUAUGUUUGCUAACUAGUGGCUGUUUUAAUCUUACUGUUUCUGAAUGACUCAUGCCAUAUAUACAUUCUUAAAAUAUCACUGCGCAUUAGAACUCUUUUAUGUGUCCAGGGUUUUAUGUACAAAAUCUCAUUAAUAUCACUGGGUUAUUUAAUCCAUCCUAUUAGACAAGAACAUGGUAAACAUGUGGAGUCACUUUUAGUUUUAAAUAAAUGUGCUGUUAAAUAUAGGGAUGCAGUUAUUCAAGAUGCUUAAAUCAAUCCUACUUAUCAUUUUGCAUUAAAUUAUUAUGACAAUUAUAUGCUUAUUAAUAUUUAGAAGUUUGAUUCUUUUAGUGACGUGUUGCUUAAAUAUAUAUAUCUAUUAUAUAUGCACACACUGCAUUGUGCUUCUAAUAACUGGCAACUGUUUUUACCUUUUAAUGGAAAUAUCAAUGAAAUUAUUAAUAGUUUAUUGAAAGUUUAUUGAAGGGUUACGUUGGUGUAAAUUAUAAUGGUUAUGUUUUACAGCUCUCUUGUACUGUUUUUAUCAAGGCCAGAAAAUAAUACGGUAAAUAAAUUUAGAAGGUUUUGCCAAUUGCAACAUACCGAUCCACAAGGAACGAAUUCACGCUCUGUAUCCAUUUUUAAUUCUGGAUUUGACAGUGAAUGUAGGGGGUUUUUUUGCUUCUGUACUUCUUAGCUCAAAAUACUUUUUUGUCUUGGUUUUAUUUUACAAGCUAAGAAUUUUCACUUUACCUGUAGUUUUUUUUAAAAAGAAACCCUGGAGAGAUGUGCAGUCCAAUGAUACACAUAUUUGCUUGGAAAACAAGUCUGACUUGGUCAGGGGGAGCAUACAUCCAAAUAAUUUUGCACAGAGUUGCAGCUCUAGCAAAGCAUAGGUUUAUAGUGCAACUGAGCAGUAUUUAGGCAGUAAUCAUAUUCAUAUAUCGCUGUGAAUUUUGCCAUUGGGUUCUCUUACCCUGCCCUCCUAUGAAAGGAAAGGCAACUGACAAGAGCAGGCAUAGGCAAACUCGGCCCUCCAGCUGUUUUGGGACUACAACUCCCAUCGUCCCUAGCUAACAGGACCAGUAGUCAGGGAUGAUGGGAGUUGGCCUCGGUCCAGUAUACCCCCUUCCUUCUGCCCGGACACUGAGGUCCAGCGCCGAGGGCCUUCUGGCGGUUCCCUCCCUGUGAGAAGCGAGAUUGCAGGGAACCAGGCAGAGGGCCUUCUCGGUGGUGGUGCCCACCCUCUCAUCAGAUGUCAAGGAAAUAAACAGCUACCUGACGUUUAGAAGACAUCUGAGGGCAGCCCUGUUUAGGGAAGUUUUUAAUGUUUAAUAGACUAUUGUAUUUUAAUAUUCUGUUGGGAGCUGCCCAGAGUGGCUGGGGAAACCUAACCAGAUGGGCGGGAUAUAAACAAUAAAUUAUUAUUAUUAUCCCAAAACAGCUGGAGGGCCGAGUUUGGGGAUGCCCCGAUCCCCCCUGCUAGAAGCGCUUGGGUGAGAGAGAGGUGUCCUUCUGUCUGGUUGUGUUGGGCUCUGCAGACAGGAAGGCUGCGCUCCUACGGAGUUAUUCCUACUUUCCAAUGGAAGUGCGGACAAGUGCACAUAUUCACACUGACGGUAGCCGUGUAGAGCCUUGAAGCAGCAUUUCAGAACAGGUACGGCCGGGAUACAGCCAAGGAAUCGCUGGAUCCAAGGCUGGCCCAGGGAGCUGCAAGUUGCAACAAAGGGGCCAGUGCUGAGCCUAUCUUCUGGGCCCUAGUGUAACAACCGGCUUUCCCUGGGAGGAGGACUGCAGAUGGCGGCCGUGGGUCUUCGUUAAGCCCCAUUGUUUCCUGGUCAGGGUUAGACUAGUGUCCAAAAGAGAACAGAAGCACAAAUGCAAAGAGAUUUGAAUUCUUCCGGUGGGAAAAAAGCUCCUGACCACAACCGCAGUCUUCUUCCCACUUGGCUGCGCUCCCAGUGCAUCCUUACGAUGGCGCACUGUUAGACACAACGCAGAUUUGAUUUCAAAGUGCGCUCCUCACAUAUGCUGUCCCAAAACGUGAAGAAUGGCAUUUGUGUGAAUCUUUCCAUCAUUUGCCAGUGAGCUUAUGACCAAGUUGAUGCCAAAUGUGCUUAAUGUCCACAGGCAGAAACAUUAGCCCUGGUCCAUAAAACCUAACUGACUGCACCCGGCUAUUCUUCUGAACUUUAGAAAAGAAAUAGCCAUGGCGAAUCAUUGUUUAACCAUAAUGAUAAUAAUAAUAUCAAUGGAGUUUCAGAAUCAUUGUGGGGGCCGUUUUAAAGGGAAACAAGCCUGCCUCCGAAUAUGUACAACCCUCCCAGCUGUCCUGGUUAUGGGUACUGAUGCUGUCAGCCUCUCCUGAACUUUUGGGUCUUGUUAUCUUUGAUAGCAGCUAUUUUUGUAUAUCUCUUCCCACUUAAUUCAGCUUCAGUCCUAAAGCAUUUGUAGCCAUUUGUAUAAGAAUACCAUGUAGGGUUUUCUUUUCUUUUACAUGAUCAUUUAUGCCUUAGAAAUAGCAGGUCCUGACAUGUUUAUAUUAUUGGGCCGAAACAGCCUGAACUACGGUAUAUUGUAUGAGAUCUUUGUGUAUUAUUUAAUGGCAUUCAUUACAAUUCAUGAAAAAUAAAGGCAAAUAUGUUUUU